AUGCCUGUCCGGCGCGGGCACGUGGCCCCCCAGAACACCUUCCUCGACACCAUCAUCCGCAAGUUCGAGGGGCAGAGUAAGUAGGGGUGGAGGGGGUCUUGUCCCGGAGCGGAACUGGGGGCUGCUCGGUUGGGCGGGGGUGAAGAGAGCCCUGGGGGUGGUCAGGGGGGAGGUCAGUGCUCCCGCAUUAUGGGGGUCAUGUGGGGAGCUCAAGGCAGGUCUGUGGCGGCCCUGUGUGUUGGGUGCUCUGGAGUCAGAAGUGGGUCGUACAUUUGUUUACUGUUGCAUUUAUUUAUUUUGCACGUCUGUCCCACUGUCCCCCACUCUGUGUUCUCCGCACAACAACCCUGCGAGGUGGGCCAGGCUGGGGCUGGUGGGAGGGGGCUGGUGGUGCGCAUCGCUGUGAAGGGGCGCUUGCAGGUGCAGGCUGGGCCCCCGCUCCCUUGUGCCCCCAAACUGCCCAGGGAAUGGGGUCCUUGCUGCUGGGGGUGCCCACCUGCCCUGGGGACGUGGGCAGCUCCAUGUUUGCGGCAGGACGCUUGCCAGCUGGGGGACUGGGGGGCCUCUGCUUGGCCACCUGGACUGGCAAGGGACCGGUCGCCCCUCUUGGAGUGGGGCCUGCCUGCCUCGCAGUCACUCCUGGGCUCAGGCCUAGUGGUCUGCUCUCCUUCCCAGGACCCCCUCCCUUCUGGGGUGGUGGGUGCAUGUCCCUGGGCCCUAGGGCAGGGGGAGGAAGAGGCAGCUUCCCACUGUGGGGUCCCUCUUCCUCCUUGCUGGGGGACCCACCAAGAGCACACCCUAUUGGGGAGUAAGUGCCGGCCUCCAGAGCGCCACUGCAGGCGCCCAGAUUUCCAUCUCUGGCCACGGGGAUUUUGCACAGCAGCAGCGUGGAGCAUAUGGCAGAGUGUGGGCGUUUGUGUAGUGUUCGGGUGCCUGGAUGUGUGCAUGCCUCAUGGUGUUUGUGUAUCUGGAAAGGGGUUGUGUGCACGUGCAGGCGCACACACGCAGUUGUGCAGUGUUGAUAACCUGGUGUGUGUCUUUGUGUCUGCUGGUGGGGAGCCGCUGGGCUGAUGCCAAGGGAGUGGAAGGGGGCCACUGAGCGGCCAAACGCUUUCCCCUGCCUUCCCUCUGCUGGCUAUCUUAAGGAGGACAGAGCUUGGGGGGGGGGGCGGUAAAAGAUGGAGGUGAUCCUGUGACCUCUCAGAAUGCGCUGUCUCUCUCUGUGUGGCUAUUUUCAUGGUGUUCUGAAACCUUGAGCCGUCUGGCUUGUGAAGAAUCACCAACACUUUCUGGUCCUCCCCAGAGUUAAGGCAACUCGGAACAUUUCAGGGUGAAGAAAACUAUGUGAGACUCGCCUCUCCUUUUGCACCCAUCAUCCCGAGCUGAGCAGGGUGAAAGAGACCAGUGGCCUGGGCUGGAGGGGCCGGCAUUGGGGGUAGGCUCAGAGGUGCCUUUUUCCUUGGGGGAGGAAGAAGAAGAAAGCAAUUCCAUUGUGCAAGCAAAACCCCUUGUACUGACGGAGUUGGAUCCUACCCGCCCAUCCACAUUUUGCUCGGUGCUUGUUUUUCUAUUUGUGCCCAACAAUAAAAUAGCAUCUAGAUCUGCCAUUCCCUUAAGAAAUGAGAGAGAGUCUCCUCCUGGGCCUGGGAGGGUCUUCCUCCCCUCCCCCCACCUGUGCCCAGGGCAGAACUUCCCCACAUCUCAACCCUCCUGGCAGAUGCCUGGCUGCCUGCUCUUUGCAAACCUCCAGAGGAGGUUCUUUGGCUUCCCUGGACAGCCUUGCUUCCCUCCCUCUCCCCUGGUAAUUUAACCCCGCUGCCUCUUGGCUCUCCGUGUGGCAUCUCUGCAAAGGCUGCUGCAGUCUGUUUUCUUUCUUGGGGGCCAGCUGCCGCCGCUGCCGCCGCUGUUGCUGCCGUCCUCCUCCUUGCAAGCGGUGGUGGCAGCGGAGGGCGCCCUGCUCUCCUCCUCCGCUUAGGCCUCAGCUGCCUUUCAAGGCCAAGGCAGACAAAUUGGAGAGGAUUCAGGGAGGGAGAGAUAAGGCACUGGAAAGCACGUUGCGUGAGGGGAGGUUAAAAGUUGGGGCACUGGGGCCUUGAGCAACCAGGAGCCUGAUAACCAUCUCCGAAUACUUUGGGUUGUGGAAAAGCUGGAUAAACAUCGCAGUGUGGAAGGCAAAAGCUGGCCUGGGACAUCAAAGGGGGGAUUUUGAGAUUUGCAGGCGGGGGAGGCAGAUUAACUUGGCUGCACUGAAUGAAAAUGGCAAAGGGCAGAUGGAAAUUAAAGCUAGCAAAUUUUGGGGUUCAAGGGUUGUGGCUACUCCCUUCCUCAAGUCAGGCUGGAGUUCCAUGGGGUCUCAGGCAUAUAGCCUGUUUUCAGCCCUAGAGCAUGUGAAGAAGAGGGAUCUCUCGAACAUUUGCAGAGUAUCCUUCUGCAAGGAGCUUGCCCCUCUUUCUUGCAAAACCCUGGGCUGGAGAGGAAUGUCUUCCCAGCUGGAGCUGCUAAGCAGCCUGGGCUUUGGCUGAGCUCUGAGGCUUGAUCCCUGGGUUCUGCGGAGAGAGAGAGACAGGGCCACAGCCAGCUUGCACAGGAUCUAGGACUGAGCCACCAGGGCCACCUGGAUCCUUUUGGGAAGGCUCAGCCUCGCAGCAGAAGGAGAUGCUCAGGAAGCCUGUCUCUCCUGCCCAGUGGGCUCUGCUGGGUGGCAGAUGGUCUGGGAGAGCCAGAAUCGUGCUUCAGCUUGGAGGCUGUGGCAAAUUUCCCACACCUGUUUCUCUGCAGACAAGAUGGCUAUGAUUCUGGCCUGCCUCCGCUCUCUCCAGGGCAGCCACCUGCGCCUGGAGCGCUGCCCGUCCCGGCUGCCAGUUGGGAGAGGCGGCUCCUUUGCUGGCGGAGCUGGGCUUGUUAAUGCCCCAUUUAGGGAGGGCUGGCUGCCAGGUGGCCUGCGAUCUGUGGUCACUUGGCCUGCAGUCAAGCAGGCUAACCUGGAGCAGAGAUGGGUUUGCAGCUGGCCGGCUACCACCUGUCCUCUUUCGUCAUUACUCAAGAAUAUAACAUGAGCUGCAAGAGUCUGGCUUCUUUGCAACGGUAUAUUUGAAUUAUGCAAACUGGAUUUCCUGCGCUAACUUACUAACUUGGGGCCAGAAGCUUUGGUGUACCAGAGUGGGCUUCCCCUGGAACAAAGAUGCUGGGAGGCUGCCCCCAGGGAGGAGGAGGAGGAGGAGAAGGAGACAAACCCUUGAAGAAACAAGACACAAAAAAGCAGGACAGUCAGGAGCCAUGCUGUAUCUCUGCAGCUACAAAAACAAUUCCACACCCUCACCUCGGACACUGCUUCUCAGCCAGAGAGCAAACACAGGGGUUGCAGACUUCAGAACGUACUGAGGCGGCAGUGGAAGGGACAGUGUACAGAACAAUUCCUGCCACCCCCCAGAGAAGGAAGAGAUGUGUAGUGGUGAUAGGUGACUAUUUACUGAGGGGGACAGAGGCAGCAGCGUGCAGAGGAAUGACUCGUGGUUUCAGUUGUCUCUACACGAAUGCACAGAGUAUAGGAAACAAGCAAGACGAACUGGAGCUUUUAGUAUAGGAUGGCACAUAUGACCUGUUAGGCAUUACUGAAACCUGGUGGGAUGAGACUUAUGACUGGGAUGUAGAAACUGAGGGGUUAUGACCUGUGCAAAAUGAAUAGACCAAACAGGAAGGGGGGAGUAGCAGCAUUAUAUGUAAAGGAUGUAUGUAUACAUUUGUGAAGAAAUCCAUGACCUGGAGCAUGGAAAGCAGAAUGAGAGUAUAAGGGUUAAAAUUGUAGGAGAGAGAAGCAACAGUGACCUUACUGUGAGGGUCUCCUAUAGAUCUCCAAGCCAGACUGAAGACUUGGAUGAUGCUUUCCGAGAGCAGAUUAGCACACAUUCGAAAAGGAGAUAUAUAGUCGUGGUGGGAGACUUCAACUUCUCUGAUAUCUGUUGGAACUCAAACUCUGCCAAGAAUGUAAGGCCUGACAAAUUCCUCCAUUGCCUCGCUGACAGUUUCAUUUCCCAGAAGGUGGAAGAAGUAACAAGGGGAUCAUCUGUCUUGGACCUGGUCCUCACCAACAGGGAGGAACUGAUAGAUGAAGUGGAAGGACAGGGAAACUUGGGAGGAAGUGAUCAUGUCCUCCUGGGUUUCAGAAUACAGAGGAAAGAAAGAUUGAUCAAGUGGUAAGUCCUCUGGAGAAGAUGGGUGACAGAAGGCAGAAUUAUUCAACUCCUACUUUGCCUCUAUCUUCACUCAAAAGGAAACCAAUGCCCAACCUGGUGAUAACAGAAUAAGCAAUGCAAGGAGGGAAUUGCAACCCAAGAUAGGAAAAGGGGUGGUAAGGGAACAACUAGCUACUUUAAAUGAAUUCAUAUCUGCACAGCCUGAUGAGCCAAGGGUACUAAAGGAGCUUGCGGGUGUAAUCUCAGAGCCCUUGUCUAUUAUCUUUGAGAAUUAUUGGAGAGGUCCCUACCGACUGGAGGCGGGCAAAUGUUGUCCCCAUCUGGUAAACAUUGACCAUGAGCUUGACAUUGGUACCAGAAAAGAUCCUAGAACAGAUAAUUCAACAGUUAGUCUGUGAGUACUUAGAAAAGGAUGCUGUGAUUCCUAAGACCCAGCAUGGGCUUCUCAAAAGUAUGUCAUGACAAGACAAGCCUCAUUUUUUAAUGGAGUUACAAGCUUGAUGGAUCAGGGGAAUGCUGUGGACAGAGUGUAUCUUGAAUUCAGUAAGGCUUUUGUCAAAGUCCCCCAUGAUAUUCUCAUGAGGAAGCUGGUAAAAUGUGAGUUGAAUGAAGUAAGGUAACUGUUAGGUGGAUUUGUAGCAGGUUGGCUGAUUGAACCCAAAGAGGACUCAUGAAUGGUUCUUCGUCAUCCUGGAAAAUAGUGACAAGUGGGUUGCCGCAGAUUCUGUCCUGGGCAAGUGGUUGUUUAACAUUUUUAUAAACGACUUGGAUGAAGGAAUUGAGGGGAUGCUGAACAAAUUUGCAGAAGACACCAAACUGGUAGGAGUAGGUAAUGCUGCAGAAGACAGAAUCAGAAUUCAAAAUGACCGUCACAGACUGGAGAACUGGGCACAAGCUAACAAAAUGAAUUUCAAUAGGGACAAAUGUAAGGUUCUGUCUUUAGGCAGGAAGAACCACAUGCAGAAAUAUAGGAUGAGGGAAACCUGGCUUACUAGCAGUACAUGUGAAAGUCCCCAGUGCCAUGGGCAUAGCGGGGGGCGGGUAGCUGCCCCCCCCAGAUCAAGUAAAACAAUAGAAAUACUUAAUUAACUGACCAGUCGUGUCGUUCUGUCCCCCCUAACAAAAAUCCUGGUCAAGCCCAUGCAAAUGCUUCGCCCCUUCUUCAUAAGGGAGUCCCCCCCCCCCCGGUCAUUUCAGUGGCCUUUUCUGAAACUUUUCCAACUCUACAAACAUCCUUCUGGAGGUGAGGCCACCAGAACUGUCCACAGUAUUUCAAAUGUGGUUGCACCGUAGAUUUUUUAUAAGGGCAUUAUGAUAGUGGCUGUUAUGUUUUCUAUUUAUUUCCUAACAUUCCCUAGCAUGGAGCUUGCCCUUCUUGUGGCUGCCACAUGAUGGGUCCCUUUAAAAGGUGACAAUGACCUUUCUCUGCCUGGAGGGAUUGUUUUGGGAGAGAUCUGGGCUGGAUUUCUUUUGGGAUUGUUUUGCUGGUUUUGUUGUUUGCGAGUUUGCUUGUGUCCGUGAGGAUAGCUCUUAAUUUGUGCAGGUGAGGUUGGGGGUGUCAGGAAGCAGGUGGGAGCAAACGGAGCGGGGCCCUUUGUGGAUGAGUGCCAGUGAUCUAAGAGCUGCCACAUGGAAGCUGAAGCAAGCUUGUCUUCUGUUCCAAGGGGAGGACCCGAAAGAGCGGAUUCGAGUUGCAAGAAAGGAGCUUCCAAUUAAACGUUAAUUUAAGGUGGUGGAGUCUCCUCUGCUGGAGGUUGGAUCUGUCAGGAAUGCUUUAGCUGCAGCUCCUGCAGGGGGUGGGACUAGAUGGCACCUUGGGAAGAGGGCACACAGUUGUGCCAAUGGGGGAGGAGCAGCCUUGGCAGUGUGCGAAGAGGAGGCUGCAGUCUGUGGAAGGGACGACUUCCAUUUCAGAUAAUAGCGGGCGCCUUAGGAGAAGGCGUCGUCGUGUGUGCAAAGAAUACGGAGCAUCGCUUGGCACAGAUUAGUCAUCCCUGAACUCAUUUUUAAUUGGCCUUUUCUCGAGUCAGGCAGCCUGGGUCAUCAGCCUGCCAGCUGAGCGGAUCUGGGGUGCUUUUUGUUGUAUGUGCAGUGGGCCGAACACAGGAGAUGAGAGCCAGUGUGAGAGCCAGGGAGUGCAGCAUAGUGGUUACAGCGCCAAGGUAAUCCCCUGCUCCCUCGGGGCCCGGGGGCCCUGCCUCUCAGCCUGACCUACCCUGCAGGGCUGUUGUUGUGGAGAUUAGAAGAGAAGAGGGAGAACCAGGCGCACGACCCUGAGCUCCUUGGAGAAAAAAGGGGGGGUGUAAAUAAUAAUAAUAAAAAAAAUUAUUUAUACCCCGCCCUCCCCAGUCAAGACCGGGCUCAGGGCGGCUAACACCAAAUAUAAAACAAAUUGAUUGAAAUACAACUUAAAAACAAGAUUAAAAUACAUUGAAACAUUAAAAUGCAGCCUUAUUUCAGCAGAAACUCAAAAACGUGUUUGGGGAUAAAUGUAAUAAACACAUAAAUAGCUUGUCCAGUGUGAUUUGAAAUAAGAGGCCAUACUCCUCUGUUUGGACCUUGAGUGUAAGUGGUGCCCAGUGUGCCCCCCCUGCCCCCCCCGCCUACGCUGCUGCUGGGAGCCCUUGCUGCAAGUUGCUGUGUAGACCGUGGCUGAGCCAAGGGGGCCCAGAAGGGCUGUGGUGGAGAGGGGGCGGCUUCCUGGGAGUGCUUCAUGCCCCCCCCCGUGGAGUCUGUUCCUCCUCUCCUUGUUGGCAUAGCGGGGGGGGCUUCCCUCCCUCAGAAGCAUUAGCUGCAGCAAAAUGGAAGGCGCCAUUCUGAAAAGAUUAGGGGGCUGUUCCAGGUGCAGUUCCUGCCGUUAGAGAUGAUGGUCUCAGGGUCUGGGGCACUUCAUUUGGGAAAAGGCGGUCCUUGAGGUAUUGCGGUCCUGAGCCAGAAUUAGGCCCAGAAUCUAAGGGGCCCAGGCAGGAUGAGUGUAAUUGGUGCUGUUGGGCCAAGAUCGGUGUAAUAUGCUCAAACUGUCUUGUCCCAUUGAACAACCUGGCCACUGAAUUCUGCACCAGCUGAAGUUUCUGGACCGCCUUCAAAGGCAGCCCCACAUAUAAGGUGUUGCAGUAUUCUAACCUAGAAGUUACCAGAGCAUAGACAACAGUAGGAUGGAUGGCAGCUAACAGAUUGAGGUUGAAUCCUGACAAGACAGAAGUACUGUUUUCGGGGGACAGGAGGUGGGCGGGUGUGGAGGACUCCCUGGUCCUGAAUGGGACAACUGUGCCCCUAAAGGACCAGGUGUGCAGCCUGGGAGUCAUUUUGGACUCACAGCUGUCCAUGGAGGCGCAGGUCAAUUCUGUGUCCAGGGCAGCUCCAUCUGGUACACAGGAUGAGACCCUCCCUGCCCGCAGACUGUCUCUCCAGAGUGGUGCAUGCUCUGGUUAUCUCUCGCUUGGACUACUGCAAUGCACUCUCUGUGGGGCUCCCUUUGAAGGUGACCUGGAAACUACAACUAAUCCAGAAUGUGGCAGCUAGACUGGGGACUGGGGACUGGGAGCGGAGGCCGAGACCACAUAACACUGGUCUUGAAAGACCUACAUUGGCUCCCAGUACAUUUCCGCGCACAAUUCAAAGUGUUGGCGUUGACCUUUAAAGACCUAAACAGCCUCGGUCCAGUAUACCUGAAGGAGCGUCUCCACCCCCAUCAUUCAGCCCGGACAUUGAGGUCCAGCUCCAAGGGCCUUCUGGCAGUUCCCUCCCUGUGAGAAGUGAAGUUACAGGGAACCAGGUAGAGGGCCUUCUCGGUGGUGGCACCCGCCCUGUGGAACGCCCUCCCAGCAGAUGUCAAAGAGAAAAACAACUACCAGACUUUUAGAAGACAACUGAAGGCAGCCCUGUUUAGGGAAGCUUUUAAUGUUUGACUGACUAUUGUAUUUUAAUAUUUUGUUGGAAGCCGCCCAGAGUGGCUGGGGAUACCCAGCCAGAUGGGCGGGGUAUGUAUGUAUGUAUGUAUGUAUGUAUGUAUGUAUAAAAUAUUAUUAUUUAUUAUUAUUUAUAGUUAGUCUGUCCCUGUCCAGAGAGGGGCGCAGCUGGGCCACCAGCCUAAGCUGAUUCCUUGUCUCUUUUCCCCCCUGCAGGCCGCAAAUUCAUCAUCGCCAAUGCCCGGGUGGAGAACUGCGCCAUCAUCUAUUGCAACGAUGGCUUCUGCGACCUUUGCGGCUACACUCGCGCCGAGGUCAUGCAGAAGCCUUGCACCUGCGACUUCCUCUAUGGGCCGCGCACGCAGAAGACCUCAGUGGCGCAGAUUGCGCAGGCCCUCCUGGGCUCCGAAGAGCGCAAGGUGGAGAUCUGCUUCUACCGGAAAGACGGUAGGGACCCUGCUGGGGGGGGGGAGAGGGGGCCGAGGGGUGAAUCUGUUCCCCCCCACAACCCUCCGCUGCCACCUGUGCCUCCUUAACGUGCCCACUUCCUCUUGUCAAGGAACAUUAGAUUCUGCAUUAAUGUUUCCCCAGCGCAGAGGAGCCUCGCUUUGCAACCCUGAUGAAUUAUGCAGAAGGACGCUGUGUUUGCUGAUUUCUGCAUAAUGUAGCCUGCCUUGGAAGCCAUGGCGGGGGCACGGGGGCUGCAUGGGGGCCACACAAGCUCCUUCUCUUGACCACAGGGCAGUCCUGCCCCGUCAUUCUGAUUUUGGAGAUUCUCCCAAGUGCUUUGCAGCCUUGAAGUCCUCUGUGCAAAACAAGCAAGCUGCAGAUCCGGAGAGGCUAAUGUUGUGCGGCAGAUGCGAAUCCUGUGCUUGCUUGGCAUCACGGCGGGUACAUUGAGGGUCCUUGGCCUGGUAUAUUUCGCAGCCUGUUCCUCACCAUGUUUUAGGUGUGUGCAUGAAGUCUGUAUGCAGUAAACUCGCAACUCAUGUGCAUCAACAUGUGAGAUUUCAGCUGGAAAAAGUAAGUGGGGGCAGGCGUCCAGGGGCUCUGUCUGCAAUCCCACCGGCCAUUGUGCCCACCUUGGGGGAGUAUUGCAAGGGGCAGGGAGAGUGUGUUUUGAAUAUACGUGAUUUUGGCUUUACGCGCAACCCCCGGAACACAAGCCCCGCAGAAGUUGAGAGUUGGCCGUACAUAAAAGCAUUUGUUUUUCUGCCAGGUGCCUUGCUCUGGCUUGGCUAAAAUAAAAAAGGGGCAUUUUGAAAGGGUGGGGGCAAUGGUGUUGCCUUUGGGACUUUGACACUCUUGCCCACCCCCUCUGCCCUGGGCCCUUUUCGUUCAGGUUUUUGUUGAAUUAUUAUUUAUUAAUUAAAUGUGCAUACUGCCCCAUACCUGUAGAUCUCAGGGCAAUGUGACAGUACUAAGAAAGCACAAUGCAUAAUAAAAAUAAAAGCUAAGGCUAGCCACUGAGUUUGGGGGGGUGGAGACGGGAGAGACUCUGCCUCUCGGCUUCUUGGGCGAUUUGUGUGCAGGGAGGCUGGCAGGGCUGCAGAGAGGAUCUCGGGGCAUCAGCAAAGCCUCAGCGCCUUUCCAGAGCCUGCCCUCUGAGGAGUGACGGGAAAAACAGCCAGAGUCUCUGUGGCCCAGUAAAUGUGCAAAGGCAUUUGCUCGGCAGAGAUAGGAGAUACAAAAUUCCUGGGACUUGGCAUGCGACCAGAACUCAUCAAGGAGGGAGGCCCUGUCCCUGGUGCCCCGUCAGUCUCCUUCCCAGCUAGGAAAAAAUAUUUCAAAUUCUUCUGUGUCGGCAUUUGGGGCAGCUCAGAGCUCGGGCUCCGCGUGCCUGGCUUCCUGGGCGGACUGUGGGGAGGCCGGCUGGGAAGGGCCCCUUCUUGCCUGCCUGCCAGGAACCUCGGAGGGCGUGCUCUUCCUUCUUGGAGCAGCCCUGGAGGGCCAGGUGGGCCAAGCGUCUGGCUUGGGACGUCCUGGGGGAAUUUAGCAUUUGGGAAGCGGAACGGCCUGUUCAGCCUCUGGUCCUGUGGGAGGCUCAGAACAUCUAGAACGCAGAAUAAAUCACGUAGGAAGCCCAAUGGCCUGGGAUCUUUGUCCGGGUUAAUACCAGCCGUGGUGGUAAAUGGGUUUUCUCCAUGUUAGAUGCCCAAAUGACGCCUGUAGUCAGGGAGUCGCUUGCAAGACAGAGCAGUCGGCUUUGGAGAUAAUAAUAGAGGAGUCGCCUGCAGGAUCAGGCCCACGGCCCAUCCAGUUCAGCGUAUUGUACUCAGUGGCCAACCUAAAGUUAUUAGGGGUGCUAAAUUCCAGCGCCCGGUGCUCCCUCACGACAGCUGUGCCCGCCCAUCAGUGGGGAAACCCAGCCUGGAAAAGGGAUCCCUCGUGUCAAAGCUCCCCCCCCCAUCCUCUGGCUUAAUGGAACGGCUUGUUGAAUGUUUUGGCAGUCCCCGUGGAGACGCCAGGGGCAUCCGCGGCCCCCGCCUAGGCGUCCACAGCCCUCCCAGGAAGCAGGCGGCCGCGAGGUUUAUGUCUAUUUGUGCCUGUGGAGACGGGGGCAUCCAUCACAGGCAAGCAGGCUCUUGAGUGGAGAGGCCUGGAGGCGGGGGGGGGGGGGCACGUCGCUUGGGCAGAUCUUGGCCCUCAGCUGGCAGGCGGGCAGCAAACUGGCUGGGGCCUGGAAGCUGCCUUGGCCGGGGUCUCAUCCAGAGCAGGUGCUUAUGCACCAGAGAUGGCUGCCUGUUCUGCCAUUGAUGCUGCUUGGUGGUGGCUCUCUAGGGUUUCAGCGGGGCUGGGGGGGCUCUUUCCCACCUCCCCUGGAGAUGGGAGCCUGAAGGUGCUCUGGCCCUUGGGUGCUGGUGGCCCUGCUGCCCUGAGGAGGGAGUUGCCCACAGGAGGGAAGUGGUUUCCCAUAAUGAGCAUCUGGUUGGCCAUCAGGAGAGCAGGAUCUUGGACUCGGUGGGCCACUGGUCUGAUCCAGCAGCCAGGCUCUUCGGAUGCUCUUAUGGAGCCUCCAGGCCAACGGCAGUCUAUCUGUGUCCCUAGGUUGCUUGGGGCAUUUGGCUGCCGCAAGAACGGAGGCUGGACUAGAUAGGCUCUCUUGGGCUGCAUCCUGCGUAGCAGUUGCUGGAAGCCACUGGAGGGGAGAGCUGCUCUCGUGUUCAGGUCCCGCUCGUGGUUUCCCACAUGUGUCUGGCAGUGUUACAAACUCAGGUGUAUAAGCCAGGCGCCAAGUGACUCCUUAAAGCAGGGUUACAGUCGCCAAAAUGGAAUGUCUACUUGCCAUUUUGGGGCAAGAUGGCUCUGAAGUCUUACUUUUCAACCAAUGGGCUGACUGUGAUGGAUUAUCCGUUAAACAUCUGGCUAGAUCAGAGGACCACCUUGAGCUCAGUUAAGAACUUUGAGAAGUUAAAGAAGAAAAGUCCCUUGAUCCAAGAACAGUCCACAUCUAUAUCAGCCUGUUCCGACUGUUUUCUGAAUGGUGACCAUUCAUAGUGUAGGGAUAUUCUUCACAACUGUGAGCAGGGUGGAAGCAAAGACAACAAUUAACUAUAACAUUCUUCACUGCUCCUGCUGCACAGAAAAAACAUUUUGGUUCCUGAAAUAUGAUCUGAUUGUGCAGAUUAAAUAUAACGGAUAGAAUUCUACAGGAUGUGGUCUUAGUGAGUGAAAACAGUCCAGAUACAAGGGUCCUCAGGUGGCAAAGAUGUUUGGCCCCAUCCUGGCACAUGGGCAUCUUCACUUGGUCGCAAGUGGCCAAUAAAGGUAAAGGGGCCCCUGACCAUUAGGUGCAGUCGUGGCCGACUCUGGGGUUGCGGCGCUCAUCUCGCUUUAUUGGCUGAGGGAGCCAACGUACAGCUUCCGGGUCAUGUGGCCAGCAGGACUAAGCCACUUGUGGCGAACCAGAGCAAUGCCAUUUACCUUCCCGCUGGAGCGGUACCUAUUUAUCUACUUGCACUUUGACGUGCUUUGGAACUGCUAGGUGGGCAGGAGCAGGGACCGAGCAACGGGAGCUCACCACGUCACAUGGAUUUGAACCACCAACCUUCUGAUCGGCAGGUCCUAGGCUCUGUGGUUUAGACCACAGCACCACCCGCGUCCCUAAGCGGCCAAUAGCCAGGUGCAAAAUGUCGCUUGUAAAAUGUGAACACAGCUGGGGGGCCACUGUGAGAACAGGAGGCUGGAUGAGGUCGGACUCUUCUUACAUCCCGACGUUCUUCCAGCCUCCGUCCAGCCUGGCCCCCUGCCCUUCAGCACAUGCCUGCACACUCUGCGUGUGGCUCCUGCUUCCUGCUUUUCCGCUGCUGCAGCAGUUUCUCCCCCCCCCCCACCAAAAAACCAGCCUGGCUCAACUGCUGCUUUUGUUUACAUCUUCCCCCAGGGGAGCCACAUCUCAUCCCAAGCUGCAGCUUCUGCAGCAUGGAAGCCAGAGUCCCAGGCAGGGCGGGGGGGGGGGGGGGGGGCUGUGCAUGUGUCCUCAGCAUCUCAAACGCCCCAAGACAGAUCCAGGCAGGCUCCUCUCCCUGCCUGCUCCCUUUUUCAGCUGACAACCCCCCCCCCAUCCUGGCUUUACCUCUCCCCCCCCCCCCGCCAUGCACACACUUUGCUCCCCGUAUUCAGGCUGUUGCAAAAGCUGUGCAGAAACCAGGCAGCUUCCGCCUCCUCUCCGUCCCCUUAGCCCAAACCCUGGUCCUUGCCCUGGGGGCCAUUCCUUGCCAGGGCCACGCCCCAAAUCAUUUGCUGCCCCCUCUCCCCCCACCAGCCAAGGGGCACCUAAUACUCCAAGGCUGGUAAAAGUAUUUUAACACUUGGUACGGAGAACCCCCCAGUCAAAAUGCAGCAGCGAAACGUUUGAUAGCCAGCCAUGGGCAUCCCUUUCAUGACACCCCAAAUCUGCUGCCUGAGGCAGCUGUCCCCCUCUGCCUGAGGUCAGGGCUGGCCCCAUCUCUGGCCGGGACUGCAGCAGCCGGCUCCAGUCUGAUCUUCUGGUUCCCCAAGGCCCACGUUCCAAAUUCCCCAGGCGCAGUUUGCUGCUGGUGCCGGUCCAACUGUGGCAACAUGCAGAUUUCUGGACCCCAGGCUGGAGACCAUAAUUCAAAAACCUCUGCCUUAGUCCAUAGUUCAUUCCAUAUCCAUUUCCACCUCAUCUGUUUUUCCUUCUUGCAUGCUGGGAGGUUGAGCAAGCGGCACUCAAGCAACGAGAGUAGAAUUGGAGCACUGGAAGGGACCUCAAGGGUCAUCUAGUCCAACCCUCUGGCAAACAGAUAAUCCGUUGCAGCAACAGGGUUUGGAACAGAGCUUGGAUGGCCACCCAUUAGGGAUCCUUCCGCUGCAAUUCCUGCACUGGAGGGGGCUGGACUUGAUGAGCCCCGGGGGUCCCUUCAGACCCUACAGUUCUCUGCUUCUGUGUCCUAAAGGUUCUCCCUCCUUUUCUCCCCCCCCUCCUGAGCCAAGUGCUGAACUCUGCAAGCCUCUCCGCUUCUGCUGCUGCUCCUCUUUUCCAGAGUAACUUGUCUGGGGAGCGGCUGGGGGGGGGAGCGGCUGGGGGGGGGCAGCAGCUGUUUUGUAGGACUCUAACCGUCAUUCUGGUCGGGGACCUGCCUGGUUAAUUAUUUUGCAAAUCGAUAAGUGUAUUUUUAGGCAUAAUGGCAAUAACAAUUUUAGAAAGCGCUGUGCGGCGGAAAACGUCUCCAAAGCCUUGUUUGCCUCAGCAGGCGGAGGAUCCGCAGCUUCAGAGGGGAGGGGGUGCCCUUCAGGACCCAUCCCAAGGUCACUCUUGCCACAGAAAAUGAAUUUGCCCUGGAGAGGGAGAGGGAAAGGUACUCUGCAUGUGCUCAGAGGCACUCUCCUUCUCUUUGCUGCUCCUCCAUCAGGAUCCUUCCAGGCUGACCCCAGGCAUUGAUGGGGGGGGACAAUGGAGACAAUGGAGUCAGUGGGGCACGGGGGGUUGAAGAAAGGGAUCAACCAGUUGGGAUCCGGAUGGGUGGGGUAAUUAUUAUUAAUAAUAAUAAGAAUAAUAAUAAUAUUCCAGGCAGGUUUGCCUUCUAAACCCUGCAGCUCCUUGGCAGUGCCAGCCGUGUGGGGCUGAGCAGGAGCGCCAGGCGCAGGGAGCGCCCAAGUUCCGCCUGGGCUGCCCCCCCCCCCCGGCCCCUGCACCAGGUGUCUCUUCUCUCCCUCCGGCUCACGUCAGCCAGCCCAGUUCCGGCAAGGCGGGUAAACAAAGCCGGAGCCGCCAGCGCUGUCUCCCAGCUGCCUCUCCCUCCGCCCCCCCCCCUUGCAAGAUGGCCUGCGCUGGGGGGGGGGGGAGAUGCUCCCUCUUCCUUCCUCUCGGGCUUUAUAAACGACCAGGAUGGGGAGGCAGAGCAGAGUUAUCCUGGUGAGGAACUCUCCAAAGCCCUUUUCUCCUCCUCCAUGAAUGUGUCUCCUCCUCUCUUAAAGCCAUCUAGCAUGGUGGCCAUCCCUGCCUCCUGAGGCAGUGAGUUCCACAGGUUAACUCUGUGCUGCGUGAAGAAGGACUUUCUUCCCUCUGCCCUAAAUUUUCCAACAAAGGGAAAGGAAGGAUGCCUUGCCUGCUCUGGGGAGAGUCCCCUUCUCUCUCAAGGGAAGGCCAUGGCUGUGGGACAGAGUCCCGGGUUCAGUUCCCCCGGUCAUCUCCAGGUAGGGGUGGGAGAAUCUCCUCUGCCUGGAAUCCUGGAGAGCCAUUGCUGCCAGGAGACAAGGCUGAGCUGGGGACACUCUCUGUAAGGCGGCUUCCUAAGAUCCUGCCCCCCCAGCCCCCCAGGAAUCAGGACGUCCCUUUACGGUCUGCCACAGUGUGUCACAGUGCUGAGCUGGGGAAGAAUAUCUGGGUUUGUUGGGUUCAAAGAUGGGGUGCAGAAGGGGAUUUGGGAGGAGCAUCUGGGUCCUCUUCUUUGAGCUUUGGGACCAGAGAGAAGGUCCAGCUGUUUGGGGGCAGGAGCAGCAAACUCCUCAAGGAGCCGCAGCCGGGCAGUGAACCUGAGCAGGGCGGAGGGGGGGCGGCUGGCUUGGAAGAGAGGCUGCCGGGGCCUCCUCUCCCCCCCCCCCUUCCUUGAGGGGAACAGAAGGCAGGAGCUCUUCCCUUCUCCCCCAGGAGGCAGGGAUGGAAGGAGGGGAGACAAGGCAGGGAUAAGGCUAGCAAGAGCUGCUAGUCAGGGUCUCUGCCCCACCCUCCGAAGUCUGGGAACUGCAGGAGGGGAGAGGACUCGGGUUCAAAUCUUCUUGAGGGCUUCCCUUUGGGGCAUCUGGGUGGCUGCUGUGAAAGCAGGAGGCUGGACCAGAUGGGCCCCUAUAGUAAGGUUGCCAGACGUCCCCGUUUCCUGGAUUUACAAAUCAGUCCCCUGACAAAAUCCUAUCAUUCCUAAUGAAGUUGAAAAAUGUCCCUGGAUUCCUUGGGAAAUAUCUGGUAACCUUACCCUAUGGGCCUGAUCCAGCAGGACUCGCCUUAUGUUCUGUACUCCUCCCCACCCCUGGCAGGGCCCUGCCCCCCUCUCCUCCUCUCUCCAAAGAUGCCAGCCUUUCAUUCUUAUUGAUCUGGACAGCCCUGCCAGGUCGGCCAUCAGAAAUGUCUACACAACUGGGGGCCGAUUUAUGCCAGGAGAGGACCCCAUCCCUCUCCCACUUCCCCAGCUCUGCCCCCUUUGACCUCCCCUCCUUCCUGCUUAUAGGGACACAGGUGGCGCUGCGGUCUAAACUGGGCUGGCAGAUCAGAAGGUUGGCAGUUCGAAUCCCCGCGACGGGUUGAGCUUCCGUUGCUCGGUCCCUGCUCCUGCCCACCUGGCAGUUCGGAAGCACCUCAAAGUGCAAGUAGAUAAAUAGGUACCACUCUGGCGGGAAGGUAAAUGGCGUUUCUGUGCAUGGCUCUGGUUCUCCAGAAGCGGCUUAGUCAUGCUGGCCACAUGACCCAGAAGCUGUAUGCCGACUCCCUUGGCCAAUAAAGCGAGAUGAGCACCGCAGCCCCAGAGUCAUCCGCAACCGGACCUAAUGGUCAGGGGUCCCUUUACCUUUUUACCUUCCUGCUUUGCUCCUGCUGUGAGUGUCAGAGUGUGUCCACCUCUCCAUUGUCUGGCUGGAGCCAGCCUUGCUUAUCUCUGCCCUUUUGGUUGGUUAGUUGUUUCUUUAAUUUAUUACUUUAUUGAAUUUAUAUACCGCCCUUUACUUGGAGGUCUCAGGGUGGUUCACAGAAUAAAAUCAAAAUCUAAAACCACAAAAUACGCAAUCAAAAUAAAAACAACAGCCCAAUAGCCCCCCCUGAACCCCCCACAUUUUAAAGGGGCAGAGGAUGUUAUCUCGCCCGAUGCAAUUUCCCCUGCUUGCAGGGUGCCAGACAGAUGGAUCCCGCGGCCCCAGAGGGACAAGCACCUCCCUCCACUCAUUAACUGCAUUCAUGAUUUUAAAGAAGAAAACUUUCCUUGGGAAACAGAAGCUCUCUGGCAACCCACCCAGAAUCAAGAGAAUUCCCAAACUGGUUCGUGUGCCUUGCAGGGGGUUGGAGCAGCAGAACCCUGGAGGUCCCUUCCAACUCCACAAUUCUGUCAUUCAGUCUGCCCCCCCCCCAAAAAAAAAGAUUGAGCAUGGGGUGCCCUCACCCCCCCCCCAUAUUCAGGCCUCUGUAUGAACACGAACACCCCCCAUGCUGGAAUAAAGAAGGCAGAAGCAGUUUGCAUUGAUCCAGGAAACUUUGCAAAAGGCUGGCUGGGGGGCCUGUUCUCUUCUCGCCCCCCCCCCCAAGGAGUCUGGCUCUGCUCAGCCAAGUCUCAGCUGCUCAUUUAUUCAUUAGAGGCUGCAAGUGCCAAUCUCCGCGGCUGAACGUGCUGCUGCCCCAAAAGCAUUCCGGUGCAUUAAAGCAUUACUUCGAAAUCCAUUACAACAGAUUUUGCAUUAAAAUGAAAAUGGAAGGGGACCUCUGGUCCCUUGGCUAAGAAAGGCGGGGGGGGGGGCAGACCCAGCCUCUCCCGUCUUCCGGAAAGUGAGUUUGAGGGGCUUGCAGUGCGUUCAAAUAGCACCCUCCUCCUCCUCCUCCUCACAUCAUCUCCCGCUUCGCUUGCUGGCAAAGGGGCUAAUUAGGAGUUAAUUGCGAGAGGGUGCCAAGCCCGAAAUGUCUGACGGUGGCAGCUGUGGUGGUUGGGUUGCCGGAGGAGCAGGAUCCUGCCUUGGGGGGGAAGGGGCAGAGAAUGGAAAAUACUGCUGUCUUUCUCUGGGGAUGGGUGCUGUUCUUGGAUGUGUGUGUGGGGGGGCACUUUUGCCCUGGCCUUCUCAGCUAAUACAACCGAGGCCCUCAGUGUGCAAAGAAUUCUCUUGUGGGAGGGGAGAGACCCCACCAGCCCAGGCACCCUUGCCACCCGUGGCAUUUUGCAGCGCUGCGCUACUUUCAAGCCCUUUGAAAAGGGGGGGGGAGCAUUUAUCUCCAGGCUAUUCCUGGCUACUGAUAGCAGGGGUCAAAGGGCAGCUGGUCAGGGCUCUGCCAUGUGGGAGGGGGCAAGGAGGGCACAGGAGCCCCUCCCUCAGUGCGGCCAUUCUCUUGUGGUCCAGAGCCCCUUCCAGUCGCCUUCUCCAGGAGGAGACCAGCUCUUCCCCUCCACAGAGGCCAGGACUCGAAUUCGGCUCCCUCACAUCCAGUUCAAGGUCUGCCGGGGGCAUGGCUGGUGGGUUGGCUGCUGCUGGGUGUUUGGGGCGGGAGGGGAGCACUUGGUGCUUCCUUUGGGACUGCUUGUGAGCCCCCCAGACCCGCUUGCCCCCGAGUUCCUUCCAGGCUUGUGCCGGAGCGGCCUUGGCUGAGUGUUCCUCCUCCUCCUCCUCCUUGAAGGGCUUUUGGCAGCCAGGCCCCCCUGCUGACAGCUGUGUAUGCUUUGUGUCUCCGGAGCAGCCGGCCGCGUCUGGGCUGCGUCAGGGCUGGGGAGGCCGGCAGGAGGAGGGAGGCGGCCUCGCCAGGGCGGGAGGGCGCUGGCAGCUGAGAUUUAGCGGGGGCGGAGAGCCACUUUUUGGGGGGUGCCAACAGGCCCAGCUGUUGUGGAAGCACCAUAGGCGGCGGCAUCUUUGGGGUCUAUGUCUACAGCACAAGACUGCCUGCACGGACUGGCAGCCAGGAGCCUCCAGGGCUCAGGAAGGGAGACAUGGCCCAGCCGUUGGAGACCGGAACUGAGACCUUCUGCAUGCAGCGCAGGUGCUCUGGAGCUGAGCUGCCAUGCGCACGCAUUCAGGGGUUGCCAGUUUCCAAAGGUGGGGAGCGGAGGCCUCCAGAGGGGUUCCCACCCGGGUUGGGAGGAGAGGGCUAUGGAUGGCUCCCAGCCAGGACAACUCUGCUCUGCCCCCCCCCCCCAGAGGCAGAUAUGCUUCUGAAUCAGUGCUAGAAACUCAGAGAGAUCAGCUCUGCCCCAAAUGGCCCCUUCAGCCAAGGUUGCAGUCGCCCAGAGAGAAUGGAAAGUUGCCAUUUUGCGGGCAAGAGGCCUCUGAAGUCUUAUUUUUCAAACGAUGGACUGACUGGCAUUGAUUCUCAGUUAAGCAUCAAGGAUCACCUUGAGCUCAGUUAAGAACGCUGAGAACUUCAAAAAGAAAAAUUCUGUGAUCAGGAAUUAGAUAUGUUGGUCUCUUCCUGCCCUGCCUAUUUUUCUGAAUGGUGACACAGACCAUUCAUAACGUAGGAAUAUUCUCCACAACUGUGAGCAGGGCAGGGCGGUGCAGGAGGCGAAGAUGAGCGUCAGCAAUUAUCUACAGCAUUGUUCUCGGCUCCUGCUCAGGCUGCGCAGAAAAAGCCAUUUUGGUUCCAGAAAUUCAUUCCGAUUGUGCAGAUAACUGAUCGAAUACUACAGAAUGGAGCUUUGGUGAGUGAAAGCAGCCCAGAUCCCGUGAUCCUCAGGCAGGCACCUCCAGGUGGUGGAGAUGUCAGGCCCCAUCCUGGCACCGGGACAGCUUCUCUUGGUUGCAAGGGGCCAAUAGCCACUAAUUUCAAACACUCUUCUGAAUCACAGUUGCUGGAAGCCCUGGGAGGAGAGAGGGCUCAGGGACUCAGAUCUUGCUUGCAGGUUCCCUGUUGGGGCAUCUGUAUGGCUGCUGUGAGAAGAGGAGGCUGGUCUAGAGGGGCCUCUGGCCUGAUCCAGCCAGCUCUUCUUCUGCAUAACCUGAUAGCUGUGCUGUGCAAAUGUUAAUGGAGAAAUCUGAGGGCUCCCUUGGACAAAAAACAAGGAGACCAGCCAGGAAGACCAGAGCAAAACAGCAGCCAGUAGGCUUGGUCUUUAUUGGAGCCUGUCACGACAGGACUCCCACCUGCCACCAGGUGGAACAAGAUGGAAGCCUGAACAAAAGAACCCCCAAACUUUUAUUAGCUGCUAAUCCGCAUGUUAUGGGACGCGGGUGGCGCUGUGGGUUAAAUCACAGAGCCUAGGACUUGCCAAUCAGAAGGUCAGCGGUUUGAAUCCCCGCGACGGGGUGAGCUCCCAUUGCUCGGUCCCUGCUCCUGCCAGCCUAGCAGUUCGAAAGCAUGUCAAAGUGCAAGUAGAUAAAUAGGUACUGCUCCGGCGGGAAGGUAAACGGCGUUUCCGUGCGCUGCUCUGGUUCGCCAGAGUCAUGCUGGCCACAUGACCCGGAAGCUGCACGCCGGCUCCCACGGCCAGUAAAGCAAGAUGAGUGCCGCAACCCCAGAGUCGGCCACGACUGGACCUAAUGGUCAGGGGUCCCUUUUCCUUUAAUCCCCAUGUUACCCCCCCCAAACUACAUCACUAAUAUAUCAUGGUUACAUCAUGAAAGGGGAGGUCUGGUGGCAGUAAUCGGAGCAUCCUGGACCCUGCCCCAUGGUUCCCCUUGCCCUCCACCAAACACCCAUCAAGUGUAACAAACAAGAUAUUUACAUUUCCCUGUUUCCCAGCCAAGUUAAUCCCACCAUUUUGUCUUCAUCUGGGUUUGUUAUUUCUGGAAUGGCUACCUGUCUGACACAAGCUGACACAAGUUUUAAUCUUUUAAAAUCUAUUGCUAUCGAAACGUUCUUCCUACUGAUAAUCUUAUAGUGUAAUCUUUCUUUUUUGCAAACGGCUUUGAGGCUUUUCUUAAACAUUCAAGCAGCGUGUAAAUUUAAAGAAGUGAAAUAAUGAUUAGCGAAGAGGGUGCUGGGAGGAGCCCUUUGUGCUGGGGACUCAGUUCUGGCAAGGGAAACUGCCAACCCUUAAAAGGGACAAGGUCCCCUGUCUGUGGGGGGGGGGGAGCUUCAGUGGUGCCUCUUAGCUGAAGAGAGAGGGGCAUCUGAGUGUUGGGGUGGGGCAAGGGGUGUGUGUGAAGGAGGUGCUGUGCCAGCGGCUUGUGACCCCCCCCCAAGCACAAGGAGGGCCUGGCCGAGGGAGGGGCCUUCUGCACUCAGCGCCAGCCUGGAGGACCUGCACUUUGUCAGCCCCCCUCCCUGCCUCACCUUCUGACCUCCCCCCCCCCAGUCCUCCAGAGCAGCUGGCUCACUUCUCCAACAGGGAUAUUUAUAGUGUCAAGAGGGCCUGUGAUAGGGAGGGGGGGCAGCACUCUUUUUCUGGCACCCGUGGGGGGGGAGCAGCAGCGCUCUGGGGUGUGAUGGAGAGGAGCAGGAGCUGGGGGGUUGGCAGCUGGGAGGGGACACAGCCCCUGCCCCCUCCCCUGCCCCAUUUUGAGAGGCUCUCUUUGGUCCCCCUCCCCAUGCUCCGCUAGCUUGUAGACUUCAUGGAAUGAUAGAAAUGUAGAGCUGGGACCCCCAGGGGUCCUCUAGUCCACCCUCCUGCCAUGCAGGCAUCUCAGCCCAAGCAUCCAGGACAGAUGGCCAGCCAACCUCUGCUUCAAAACCUCCAAGGAUAGAGAGGCUACCACUUUAAGGAGUCCACUUCACCAUGGAACGGCUCUUGCCAUCAGAAAGUUCUUCCUGAUGUUUGGUUGGAAUCUCCUUCCUUUAACUUGAAGCCAUUGGUUUGAGUCCUAUUCUCUGGAGCAGGAGAAAACCAGCUUGCCCCAUCUUCCACGUUCAGCCCUUCAGAUAUUUGAAGAUGGCUAUUAUGUCUUCUGAGGGACACAGGUGGCACUGUGGGUUAAACCACAGAGCCUAGGACUCGCCAAUCAGAAGGUCAGCGGUUCGAAUCCCCGCAACGGGGUGAGCUCCUGUUGCUCGGUCCCUGCUCCUGCCAACCUAGCAGUUCAAAAGCAUGUCAAGGUGCAAGUAGAUCAAUAGGUACCGCUCCAGCGGGAAGGUAAACGGCAUUUCCAUGCGCUGCUCUGGUUCGCCAGAAGCGGCUUAGUCAUGCUGGCCACAUGACCCGGAAGCUGUACACCGGCUCCCUGGGCCUAUAGAGCAAGAUGAGUGCUGCAACCCCAGAGUCGGUCACGACUGGAUCUAAUGGUCAGGGGUCCCUUUACCUUUAUUGUGUCUUCUCUCCAUCUUCCUUUCUCCAAGUUAAACAUCCCCAGCUCCUUCAACCAUUCCUCAUCAGGCUUGGUUUCCAGACCUUUGAUCGUCUUGGUCACCCUCCUCUGCCCACCUUCCAGCUGGUCAACAUCCUUCUUCAAUUGUGGCACCCAGGACUCCUGGUGUGGCCUGACCAAGGCAGAAUAGAGCAGGAAUAUUACUUUCCUUGAUCUGGACACUAUAUUGCUGUUGAUGCAGCCCAGAAUAGCGUCUGCUUUUUUUGCUGCUGCAUCAUACUAUGGACUCCUGUUCAUCUUGGUCCACUGAGACCCCUAGACCCUCUUCACACGCCCUCCUGGCAAGCCCUGUAUGGCAAGACCACCCUGCCCAGGCCCACCCAUCGAGUGCCCUCUUCCCCACAGAGGGACCUGCCUGUUGUCUGCUGGGAGGGAUGGCUUAGUUGGUAGAUCCUGAGACCCUUCAUCUCAAGGUCCUGAGCCCCACUGUCACCAAGAGGAUUCCUGCUUUGCAGGGAGUUGGACUAGAUCAGGCAUCUCCAACCUUCAGCCCUCCAGAUGUUUUGGACUACAAUUCCCAUCAUCCCUGACCAGUGGUCCUGUUAGCUAGGGAUCAUGGGAGUUGUAGGCCAAAACAUCUGGAGGGCCGCAGGUUGGGGGUGCCUGGACUAGAUGACCCUCCGGGUCCCUUCCAACUAUACAGUUCUGUGAAGCCCCCUGAACAGGGCCAGAAGGCGCCAGCUCCUUCCCACUGUGGCUUCCUGGGCUUAGCGCCAAGAGUUGCUCAGCCUUCCCAUCUUUCUUGCAGAAGGGAAUGCAGGAACUUCUUAAGUAGCAUAUGUUAAUUGCUUUCUGGGAGACGGAGCAAAAGACACAAGGAGCUGUGCUGUCUGCAAUUGAUGCUCCUCAGAAGCCUGGUCACUUGGGGCGCCCCCUGGUGGCACAGGCAGGACUCUUGCAGGGGUGGCCAGUGUGUGUGUCUUGCGCCUCUUCCAGGGGCCUGGGAUGCUCAAAGAAGUGACUGCUGGUUUCUACUUAUCCACAGCUCACUUCAAAGGUCCACACUCAUUGUCUCUCAGAUAACAGAAGGCAGCCAGAUAAGCUGAUAUGAGACGGGCAGCAGGGCGGGGAGUGGGGACUGACGACAGACUUGCAGCCUGAAUGGAGGCUUGGAGGCUGGAAGAAUCGGGGGAAGCUCAGAACUCAAGAUGACAAGAAAUGUUAAAAAGAAUGGAACAUGUUUAUUAUGUAUUUGCAAAGGUAAACAGGCUAAUACAUUGGCAAGAUUUUAAGAACACUUGUAAUUUUAGAAGUAGCACAGGAAAUUUGAGGUGAAAUAAUAAUAAUUUGGAGUAGAAAUGAUAUGCAGUUGAAAAGAAAAUUUAAGGAAGGCAGGGGGAGUCCCAGGAUUUGCAGAAUCCCAUUUUAUUGAUUUGAUACUGUUUUUGUGUAUUUUUUUCUUUUUUGUGGUUGUUGUUUGUUUUUGUUGAAAAUUUAAUUAUUAUUUUUUUUAAAAGAAGGUUGGAAGAAUCAGGGCAGAAUCUAAAGUCCUCCUUUAUGCUGCACAGAGUAAAACAAUGGAUUCGACCAAGGAAUGGAGGCGGCGGCUGUGAGGGGCUCCUCUCUGGCCGGAAGAAGCCUUGCUUCCAAAUACCAGCUGCUGCUGGAAACCACUGGAGGGGAGAGUUGCUGCCGGACCCAGAUCCUGCAUGUGGGGCUCCCAAAUGGGCAUCUGCUUGGGCCCAGGCCUGAUUCUGCAGGCUUUCUUGGGGGCUUAAUUUGUCACACAAUGCAUGGUGAAAUUAUGGAUUCAAUGACAGGAGAGGAGAUUCUGACGCAACAUUAGGAAGAAUUGUCGGAGAGCAAGAGCUCUUAGACGUGGAACAGAUCCCCUUGGGAGGUGGUAGACUCUCCUCUACUGGAGGUUUUUAAAUGGAGGUGGGGGAAUGGGGGCUGGGCACUCACCUGCCCCUUCCGAGUAGACCUGGUGGCUCGGCUAUGGGGGCAAGCACUGAGUCUGAAUACCUGUUGGUGGCCGUCUCAGGAGGGGAUUGUUGCUCUUGUGCUCGGAUCCUGUUGGUUGGCUCCUGCGAGAAGAGGAUGCUGGACCAGAUGGGCCUGGGCCUGAUCCAGCAGCCAGGCUCUUCUUACGCUCAGGAAGGAAGGUCAACUGAGACUGGCUGGAUAACCUACUUGUUUUUCGCUCUUGAGAUUGGCUCUGGAUUUCUGGCUACAGCCAAAGCCUUGAGGUGAUGGAGGGAGCUCCCUGGUCAGCUACCAGUUCCCAGUGGCCACCAGAUAAGCUCAGUCCUAGGGAGGUGGGAGAGUCACCCAGGGAGGCUGCCUGCCUGCCUACUGCUCAGCUGUUGUUUCCACUGCUGGGCUGCGUUUGCAGUUCUCAUUCUGACUCCAGGCUGCCCGCUGCUGAUGUUUGGAGCUGCUGCUGGGCUCCAUGGCAAGGCCAGGAGGGGCAGAAAUACUGGCAGGCAAGCAGGACCUUGGAGCGCCCCCCAGGCCCUCCUCACCUGGACUCCCUGCUGUGGCGAAGGCAGCAUCCUCCUGUUUUCUCCCUUCCUCUCUCCUCUGGCUUGUUUGUUGUGAGCACUUCUGACAUUUUGCCCUGGGUGGCUCUCAGGGGACCCAGCGCUCCUUCCAAGUCCUAAAAUACCACCAGCCUCUGCGCCCUUUGAGGUGGAGCAGAGGGACAGAGGGCGGCUUGGAGAGAGAAGCGGGGAGCCUCUGGGCCCAGACUUCAGAGGGGAAGGAGGAGGAGGAGGGAGCCCAGAACCCGGCAGGUUCCAGGUGCUUCCCUGGAUGUGAGCCAAGAGGAGACCUGUCGGCAGAGAAAGGCUCCCAGGUGGGAGAGGGAUGCAAGCAAGUGUCUCUUCCACCCACCCAGAUAGGGGCAAGAAAGGGGGGGGCAGGAAGGAACGCUGCUCCAUCAGCAGAUCCACAAUUCAGUGAACACAGAGUGGAUUCAAUAUCGCAAAGGGACAGUUUAGACUUAAUGCCUAUGAAUGGAGUACAUGUAAAGGUACAUGUUGUUGUUGUUGAGUCGUUUAGUCGUGUCCGCCUCUUCGUGACCCCCUGGACCAGAGCACGCCAGGCCCUCCUGUCUUCCACUGCCUCCCGCAGUUUGGUCAGACUCAUGUUUGUAGCUUCGAGAACACUGUCCAACCAUCUGGUCCUCUGUCGUCCCCUUCUCCUUGUGCCCUCCAUCUUUCCCAGCAUCAGGGUCUUCUCCAGGGAGUCUUCUCUUCUCAUGAGAAGUCUUGGAGCCUCAGCUUCAUGGUCUGUCCUUCCAGGGAGCACUCAGGGCUGAUUUCCUUCCGAAUGGAUAGGUUUGAUCUUCUUGCAGUCCAUGGGACUCUCAAGGGUCUCCUCCAGCACCAGAAUUCAAAAGCAUCAAUUCUUCGGUGAUCAGCCUUCUUUAUAGUCCAGCUCUCACUUCCAUACAUCACUACUGGGAAAACCAUAGCUUGAACUAUACAGACAUUUGUUGGCAAGGUGAUGUCUCUGCUUUAUCACAAAGCAUUUAUGGCAAAGUCAACCCAUCAUUUGAGUCCAUCUGCAUGAGUGGAGAUGCAUUCAGAAGCAGGAAGCCCAAGGUGUUGGGGCCCAGAUGAUGCCCUGGGCAGAGUGGCAGGCUGGCAUCCCCAGGGAAGACCAGAGAUGGUGGCCCCAGAGGAGGCGGGGGAGCCUUCCAGGUCAUCCGGAACUGCAACUCCCAUCAUCCCUGGCAACUGCCCCCCCCCGUUCUACUCUGUGACUGUUGCUGCCCUUGGCAAAUUAGAGAAAUUCAUGGGGGGGGGCAGCCUUGUAGGCCAUUGGAAGAGCAGGCCAAGACUGCCUGUGUUGAGUGAGCGCUGAAGAAGGCUGAGAAUGGCUCCUGGCCAGUGUGGCUGCACUCUGCCUGCACCCUCUGAGGCAGCACUGCUGCUGAAUCCCAGUUUCUGGAAACUUCAGGAGAGGAGAGUUGCUCUGGGGCUCCGAUCCUGCUUCUGGGUUUCCCAUUUGGGCAUCUGGUUGGCCAAAGUGAGAACAGGGGGCUGGAUCUGGUGGGAGCCCCUUUGGCCUCAUCCAGCAGGCUCUUCGGAUGCUCUUCAACAUCUGGCGGACCAAACCUUCCCCACGGCCUGCUUUGUGGGGUACUUUUUGUAAACUCUAUGGGGUUGCCUUUUCCUAAAAUAAACAUUUCUCAAGUCUGCUGCCUGGUUAAUGGUGAAGGGGGCAAGAACUUUUCUGAUGAUUAAAAGUUUUCAGCCAGUUGACCAAACCAAUUAGUUGAUGAAACUGUGAUUAGCUGUGAUUUUCUGGACUAGAUGACCCUUGAAGUCCCCCCUCUGACUCCCAAAUUCAGGGCUGCAGCAAUUCUGCUUUUCUCUGCCCUGAGCUCUCAGGGCUGCCAAUGGCAACACUAAGGCAGGGGCGCCACCUUGUGGCCAUAGUGCAGAACUGCACCACUGCAGUGCAGGACGGGUUUUCUAUGCUAUCCGUGGCUACCAGUCGGCUCACUCGCGGGAUCAUCACUACCUAGAUUGAGGUUGAACCCUGGCAAGGCAGAAGUACUGUUUUGGGGGACAGGAGGCGGGCAGGUGUGGGGGACUCCCUGGUCCUGAAUGGGGUAACUGUGCCCCUGAAGGACCAGGUGCGCAGCCUGGGAGUCAUUUUGGACUCACAGCUGUCCAUGGAGGCACAGGUUAAAUCCGUGUCCAGGGUGGCUGUCUGCCAGCUCCAUCUGGUACGCAGGAUGAGACCCUCCCUGCCCCUGGACUGUCUCACCAGAGUGGUGCAUGCUCUGGUUAUCUCCCGCUUGGACUACUGCAAUGCGCUCUACGUGGGGCUACCUUUGAAGGUGACCCGGAAACUGCAAUUAAUCCAGAAUGCGGCAGCCAGACUGGUGACUGGGAGCGGUCUCUGGGACCACAUAACACCGUUCCUGAAAGACCUACAUUGGCUCCCAGUAUGUUUCCGAGCACAAUUCAAAGUGUUGGUGCUGACCUUUAAAGCCCUAAACGGCCUCGGUCCAGUAUACCUGAAGGAGCGUCUCCACCCCCAUCGUUCAGCCUGGACACUGAGGUCCAGCUCUGAGGGUCUUCUGGCGGUUGCCUCCCUGCGAGAAGCCAAGUUACAGGGUACUAGGCAGAAGGCCUUCUCGGUGGUGGCACCCUCCCUGUGGAAUGCCCUCCCACCAGAUGUCAAGGAAAUAAAUAACUACGGUAUCUGACUUUUAGAAGACAUCUGAAGGCAGCUCUGUUUAGGGAAGUUUUUAAUGCCUAAUGUUUUAUUGUAUUUUUAAUAUUUUGUUGGAAGCCACCCAGAGUGGCUGGAGAAACCCAGCCAGAUAGGCAUGGUAUAAAUAAUAAAUGAUGGUGAUGAUUGUGAUGAUUGGGCUUGCACGUUCCUAUGAUCCUUGUGAGCAAAGCUGUGGAGAGUCUCGUACUCCCAGCAGGGUCACCCAAGGCGGUAAGGUCAAAGGGGAGGUCAAAGACAAAGAAUGACCCAAGAAGUCCUCAGCGGCAGAACAGGCGGAUGAUAAGAAGUGAUAUGUUACAACCGCUGUGAAGGUCAUUGUGAUACUCAUGCCAUCAGAACAGAGCCUUACUGCGAAGACUGUGUGUUAGUCAGAGUGCCCUGAUCUCCACACAUAAAGCAAAUUCACGCACAGGCAUCUUCCAGAAAUCUAUUUAUUAUUUUCAUCGCCACAAUCCUACACAUUGUUGAAGGGAAACUCCCUGCUGGGGUAGAAAUCUUAGACUUCAAACUCCGCUGUGGACUUUUCAUGUGAAAAGUUACUUUUUAAAUAUACCAGGAAAGGUUCCCACUUCUCCUUGACAGAGUCUUGAUUUGUGUUUCUUUUCGGUGCCCUCAGUUUUGGCCUCUCCGUCUCUCAUGAUUUCCACCAGCCCUUCUCCCUUUGAGGGGAUUCUCUCAUCCCUCCCCUUCUGCACAGAUUCCCUGCUGCUGUGGUUACAUGCAUAAAUAGAGUGUGCGCUUUCUUUGGGAUUUCACUGCCCGGUAUCCCCAGCAGGAAGGCUUCUGACCUCUUGGGAAAAGCCACUUAAUUUCCCCCCUUCAUUUCAUUAUAUAUCAUGUCCCAAUAGGCCAUGAGGGAUGGCCACCAACUCUGAUGCUUUUAAAAGAGCAUUGGGCAAACCCAUGGAAAAGACGGCUGCACCGCGUUUUUAAUAUUCUGUUGGGAGAUAAUAAUAUUAUUAUAUUGCCUGGGGUUGGUUUGGAUGACCCUUGGGGUCCCUUCCAGCUCUGCACUUCUGACUCUGGGGCUGAGCUGCUCUGCCUGGCCUCCUCCGCUCUGCCGUCUCCUUGGGCGGGGAGGGGGGGUUGGGCUCGGAGUGUCUUUAAGCAGAUUCCCAGAAGAUUGCAAGAUUCCAAAUCCCUUGAAAAUGAGGUCAGUACAACUGUCCUCCCCCCCCCCGCCUGCCAUGCCUGUGGAGGCCUCUGCCCUCCCCUGGAGGGGCAGGAUUGAGCCCUGCAUUCUCCCACCCCCACAGAAGAAGAACCCCACCUUUCCUCUCCGCUUGGGACCACGUUUUGCGGCAGGAACGUCGCAAGUCUGCUGCCACGUAAGGGGCAGGGGAGGGUAUCUGGGCAGCAAGACCUGGGCUUUGAAGAGGGCCUGGCACCCCCUCUGCCCGCUUCCCCCAGCCGCUGGGUGACGAGAGUGUGAGAUAAUCCCCCUGCAGCCAGCGGAGGAGUGGGGAGGGGGCUCCCUGUGCCCAGAACCUCACGCCUGCCUGCGGGAUUAGUGCUGCAGCUGUUAAGAGCUGUGCCUGGAUUAGGGCUUGCCCAGCCCACUCGCUGGGUUCCUGGCGCUGCCACCCCGCGGGCACAUUCCUCGCGUCUGAUGCUGCCAAGUCGGUGGUGGCCCCUCUUCCUCCCGCAGUGAGGUUUGGUGCCAGGAGCGAACGGCAUUCCAUAGAGUUUGUGGGUAUCAGCUUGGAAUUGCAGACAGACAGGCCGUCAUCCGACCUCUGCUAAAGGACCUCCAGCGAAUCACAGAAUCACCGGCUUUUAGGGUUGGAAGGGGCCUUCGGGGGUCAUCUAGCCCAACCCCCUGAAAUGCAGAAAUCACAGCAAAAGCUCUCCUUUCUGGUCACUCAGGUCCUCCCCUCCAGAGCAAUGCAAAGCAAGUUUUCUCCCUCUUCCUCUACACAAGACAUGAGAAGCUGCCAGCAUCAGUCAGGGGGAUCCAGAAAUAAGGAUCAUCAGUCAGUUAUUUCCCUUUAGAGGCAAAAUUAAAGAAAAUGGACAGACUCCCCUCCUCAAACAGCUCCCUCUUAAACUGGAGAUUUAAUAAUAUUCUCUGCAAUUAAUUUCCAGUGUGUUCAAAAUAGUUCUUUGUUUUCUGUAUUUCCUCUCCCUUAUCCUCUAGUAGCUGGCUGCUUUUAUUGCUCCUUUUAAAAAAAUAAAAAAAUGGUUUCAUUACAUUUCAAGCAAUUACUAUAAAUAUUUAAAUUUUAAUCCUUUUUUUUAAAAAAAAAAUGACACAUGUCUAUUUGGGAGGGUGUUUGGAUUGUGGCAAUUGAUUCUUGUUGUUUUAAUAGAUUUUGUGGGUUUUUGUGGAUUCUUAAUCACUUGUCAAGCACCCUGUGACAAAGGGCUGAUUGCAGAUGAAUAAUCUGGAUAAAUAGGUAAAUUGGAAGAAAGGGGAAAGUUGCAUUUAAAGCCCACCCACCCAAGAAUUUGGGAACCUGAAUUUGUCUAAUCCCCUUUUCAAGCCUUCCAGGUUGGUGACCGUUAGGGCUGGGCAAUAUAUCAAGAUAUCAUCUAAAACCAGCUUGAAGUCCAUAUCAUGAUAUCAGUCUCUUAAUGGCCUCUCCAAGGCAGUGCUAGAAGCUGAGAUAUAAAAGCUAGGAGCCAAACGGCACCUUAAACUUGGGUUUCGGUUGCUACAACUGAAUGCCCAGGCACCCUGCCGACCAGUUGAUUCACCAAGCAGUGCAACACCCAUAGAUGCGUUUCUUUGGGUGCCAUGCUGCCCCCCAAGCCAGCCGACUGGCACGGCGGCAUCACCAGCCAGCCAGAUGGAGAUGGUAGUCGCCAAACGUGGCAAGCAGACAUCGCGGCUUCCUCACAAAAGGCUGCUUGCCUGUUGCAAAAUCAAUGUGACUGGCGCCCAGUUACCGUAUUUUUCGCUCCGUAAGACGCACCCUUUUCUUCCUAAAAAGUAAGGGGAAAUGUCUGUGCAUCGUAUGGAGCGAAUGUGUGGUCCCUGGAGCCGAACUGCUCAGGGGCAAAAAGCAGAUUGUGCGCUUUUUGGGGGAAAGAGGGAAGGGGGUGUUGAAACAAAGCUGCUGAUCGUUUGCCGAUCGGGGAGAGAGAUAAGGGAUGCUAGAGAUAAAGGAGGCUGCCUGGGAGGGGGCCACAGUGGUGCAAAAAUGUGGUUACAGAGCACGGAUCCACAUGGAUCCUCAAGAUUUUUGCAUUGGGUCACCCCAAAUUCACCAUCGGAUCACAUGUCUGUGGCCACAGCAUGAACCACAAAAAUCAUACAUCCACUGUUUCAUUCAGAGUAUUUUUUUUUCUUGUUUUCCUCUUCUAAAAACUAGGUACGUCUUAUUGUCAGGUGCGUCUUAUGGGGCGAAAGAUAUGAGUAGUUCUGAAUGUUGCUCCAGGGACAUAAGGGACCGGGGGGGGGGAUGCCAAGGAUGCCAGGGGGUCCUAAGUCUGCCUCUGCUUCUCGUGUCAAGGGAGAGGGAGGGAGAAGAGCUGCUCUCUCUUUGCUUUCUCGGUGCUGAGAGCAUUUUACAAACUUCCCUCCUCUUGCCUCUUCCUUCCUGAAACCUAACCCCCCCUUUCUCUUCUGCUCCUUUGCCCCCCCCCCCCCAGGGAGCUGCUUCCUGUGCCUGGUGGACGUGGUCCCCGUCAAGAAUGAGGAUGGCUCCGUCAUCAUGUUCAUCCUCAACUUUGAGGUGGUGAUGGAGAGGGACCUUCUGACCAGCCCAGUCAAGAACACCAACCACUGGGUCUCCCCAGCCGCCUGGCUGCCCACAGGUAGGGGGGCCCCUAUGUGUGGGUGGGGGGUCACCCUCCUGCAACCCCCAUCCCACCCCGGAAGGCUCUAAGGCAACCCACACACAGGUGGAACAUGGGGUGGCCUCAGGGCCAGACGGAGGUUUGAGGAGGCCCUCAGCUCCUGAAGGGAAUGGGGCCCUUUCUAUGUCCAGCUGUCCUUUGUCCACAACAAAUUGCCGCUGUUUUUUGUGUUGAAUAUAUGCUAUAUGGCAGGGGUAGGCAACCUAAGGCCUGGGGGCCAGAUCUUGCCCAAUCGCCUUCUCAAUCCGGCCCACAGACAGUCCAGGAAUCAGCGUGUUUUUACAUGAGUAGAAUGUGUCCUUUUAUUUAAAAUGCAUCUCUGGGUUAUUUGUGGGGCAUAGGAAUUCAUUCAUUCCCCCCCCCAAAAAAAAUAUAGUCCUGCCCACCACAUGGUCUGAGGGAUGGUGGACUGGCCCACGGCUGAAAAAAUUGCUGACCCUUGCUAUAUGGUAAUUUAUGGACCUAAUAGGUAUCUAAAGCCAUUUGCACAUCACAAAAUAUGUAUUUUAUCAAAGCAAUUGUUGAACUGAAAUACAAUUAAGAAGAAGUAUAUUAAUAGUGAAAUACAAUUAAGAAGAAGUAUAUUAAUUGUGAAAUAAUUACCAGUGAUGUUUUAGGGAGCAGGCUAGCAGGUGUGGCCCCUGACUUACAUCGUAGGAGCCCACACAACACAAAGCACGGUUGCUGCAUGUAGGUUUUAUUUUAUUUGUUUUUUAUCUUAUUUUUUGAAAAUGCACAUCCAAUGUGUUUUUCCCCUUUAAUUUUUUUUGGGGGCCCCCAAGAGAGCGGGGCCCUAAGCUAGAGCUUGUGGAGCUUAUACGUCAAUCCAGCCCUGGGUGGUCUGGAGGAGCCACCCCCCCACUGGGGCUCCUGCCCACCCUGGGCUGCCCAAUUCCUCCAGGGAUGCUGUCUCAACCUGCCUGCCCCCUUCCUCGCCCUCGGCUUCAGAGGGGCUGCCCACCCUUGGCGGCUUCUCUGCUGGAAAGUGACAUUUAUUUGGUCAGGUGAAAAAAAAGCAGAGGUGGAGCCAGUGUGGUGUAGUGGUUCAGAGCGGUAGUCUCGUAAUCUGGGGAACCGGGUUCACGUCUCCGCUCCUCCACCUGCAGCUGCUGGGUGACCUUGGGCCAGUCACACUUCUCUGAAGUCUCUCAGCCUCACUCACCUCACAGAGUGUUUGUUGUGGGGCAGGAAGGGAAAGGAGAAUGUCAGCCGCUUUGAGACUCCUUCGGGUAGUGAUAAAGUGGGAUAUCAAAUCCAAACUCCUCCUUUUCAUCUUCUUCUUCUUCUUCUUCUGGGGAGGGGAAGGGUUAGUGACUUCACAGCACCAGCCAAUCCGUCCUGUGCCCAGCUGGUUCCUCCUGCAAAUGGGCAGAGCUGGUUUCUCUGGAGUUUGGUCCUGGGGAGGUGGCAGUGAGGGGGCUUCUUCCAGAGCAGGCUUUCGCCUUCAUGCACCUGAGGAUGCGGGGGGGGGGGCGGGGGCGAGUCCGAGGCACAUUCCUACCUGGAUGUAAAUCAGCAGGAAGAUCUGAAAAGCAGCCCUGAGAGCUAGAACUGCCCACAAAGGUUCACAAAGAGCAAAUUUCUUUCUUUCUUUUUAAAAUAUUUUUAUUCAUUUUUAUCAUUGCACAUUUGCACUCAAACAAUUUAUAUAAUCAUUUCAUGAGAUUCUCUGAAUCUCGUGACUCCCCCUCCCCCCAUCCCCUACAUGGGUCCUUGUAACAGAAAUCUACAUAUCCGUAUGUUCUCCACAAUUUUCAUUUCCCAAAUUAUUCAUAAUCUUCGUCACUUUACAAGUGCUUCUUAGAGUCCAACUAAACUUUUGAUUUGCUUACAAUGGUCUCCUAAGUAAAUUACAUCCCCCCCCCAUUCUUUUCAAGUCCUUCUUGAUUCCUGCGUCUCCCGGUCAGUUUUGCCGUUUCGGCCAAGUCCAGCCGCUAGGCUUGCCAUUAUUUCUUCCUUGCAUCUCUGAGCUAGUAGCAUCCAUGCAGCUGUUGUCGCAGACGUAAACAGUCUUUUCUGGUCUUUUGGAAUCUCUGUACCUAUAAUUCUUAAUAGGAAAGCUUCUGGUUUUUAAACAAAUGUUUCCUUUUUUUACAUAUAAAUUUUUAUUAGUUUUUUAACAUAUCAUUUUCAACAGUAAUUAAACAUACUUUUACAUCUUAUUCAAUUUUUUUGAAUUCCAUCAAUCCUAUCUGAAAAUUUUCCAAUCUAGUCUCUUAGUAUGCAUUUCUUAUUUUCCCUGUUACAUUUCAAACUCAUAACCAAUAUCUCUAUCUUUUCCUACUUUGAAACGUUUCAUGUAUUUCUCCUUCCAAAACUUCUUGUAGUCCUACUAGCGUAAUUUGUGGAUUACAGUUGCUCUUCAAAUAAUUCAUAUACUUCUUCCAAUCUUCUGUAAAUCUCUGGUCCCGCAGGUUUCAAAUCCUUCCUGUCAUUUUGUCCAAUUCUGCAUAGUCCAUUAAUUUCGUCUGCCAUUCUUCUUUCGUCAGAAUUUCUUCUUGUUUCCAUUUCUGGGCUAGCAAUACUCUUGCCGCAGUUGUUGCAUAUAAAAACAAAUUAACAUUUUGCCUAUUAAUGUCCUGACCUAUAAUACCAAGUAAAAAUGCUUCUGGUUUUUUAAAAAAUGUAUAUUUCAACAUCUUAUUCAUCUCAUUAUAUAUCAUUCCCCAGAAGCUCUUUACUUUUUUACAUUCCCACCACAUAUGAUAAAAUGUUCCUUUUUUUCUUUAUAUUUCCAACAUUUAUUAUUUGUCUCAUAUAAUGUUAACUUUCUUUUUUCAUUUCAUUAUAUAUCAUUUCCCAAAAUGAUUUUGUUACCUUACACGUCCACCACAUAUGAUAGAAAUCUCAGAACCCUACAGAGGACAAAGAGCGUUCAGUGGUGAGGACUAGAAUCUAGAAUGGUUGAGUCAAAGGGACCCCCAGAGAACAUCUAGUCCAACCCAGGGCAAGACCUGAAUCCCAGCCGAAGUAUCUCUUGAUGGGGAAUUUCUCAGGCGCCCUCUGGGAGGUGUUGCAAUGGGGCCUCAUCCAGGGUGAGUUGGGAGGGGGCCUCCCUUUCUCCCUGGGAGGGGGCAGCCCCUAACACCUUCCUCCAACUUUUAACCCUUUCCAGGUCGGGGCAAGUCCUUCCGCCUGAAGCUCCCGGCGCUGCUGGCGCUGGCGGGCAGCAAGCAGUCUCUCCCGCAGGAUGACCCAGACGAGGCGGUGGUGGUGGUGGACUUCUGCAAGCAGAGCAGCGAGUCGGUGGCGCUGGACGAGGUCACCUCCUCGCUGGACAACAACUGCCUGGGGUGCGGGGAGCCAGAGGACCGGCAGGCGCUGAUGGAGCGCCAGGGGGGCGGGGCCUCGGAGCCGCCCGUCACCCACUCCUCCCCCCGGGCCGAGAAGACCCGCCUCAACCUGGACGCCUCCUUCUCCAACUGCAGCCUGACUCGCACCCGCUCCCGGGAGAGCUUCUACAGCGUGCGCAGAGCCUCCUCCGUGGACGACAUCGAGGCCAUGAAGGGCGAGGGGGAGAAGGGCCGCGGGCACAGCCGCCACGCCAGCACAGGUAGGGAGAAGAGGGGCUGGGGGGGCUCAGGGUCUUCCCUGCCCUUCGGUCCCACGGCAGAGUCAGGGCGCUCCAGUCUCUCCGACUGUGUGGGUCCUUCGGCACACCCGGCAUGGACUCUCCCUAGCGCAAAUUAAAGCGCUCACAAUAGGUUCCACAUACACAAUCCACCGGUGCCAACUCCAGGCGGCCCUGGGGGACCCAAAAAAAUUGUCGUGGGUGCUCAGCACCCAUCUGCGGGGCCUUGGGCAUUGCUUCCCGUCCGAGGCCUCGGGGGGCCUUGGAAGCAGCGCCUGAGGCCUCGCAGGGCCCCCACUUCCAGGGGCCACGAGGUCACGUGACAUCAGCAUCACUGGGCACCCAUGAUCUGGGGCCCAAGUUGGCGCCCCAACGCAAUCAAUAGAUUUAAUUAAAUAUAUAUACUGUAUUUUUUGCUCUAUAAGACUCACUUUUUCCCUCCUAAAAAGUAAGGGGAAAUGUGUGUGCGUCUUAUGGAGCGAAUGCAGGCUGCGCAGCUAUCCCAGAAGCCAGAACAGCAAGAGGAUUGCUGCUUUCGCUGCGCAGCGAUCCCUCUUGCUCUUCUGGCUUCUGAGAUUCAGAAUAUUUUUUUUUCUUGUUUUCCUCCUCCAAAAACUAGGUGCGUCUUGUGGUCUGGUGCGUCUUAUAGAGCGAAAAAUACGGUACUUUAAUGGACAAGUAGUAGAAUCCUAGAGCUGUAGCGUUGGAAAGGACUAAAAGGGUAAUCUAAUCCACCCCCCUGCAAGGCAGGAAUUUAGAUUGAUGAUGAUGAUGAUAAUAAUAAUAAUUUUAUUAUUUAUAUCCCACCCAUCUGGCUGGGUUUCCCCUGCCACUCUGGGCAGCUCCCAAAAGAACACUAAAAACAGAAUACAACUUCAAACAUUAAAAACUUCCCUAAACAGGGCUGCCUUCAGAUGUCUUCUAAAAGUCAGAGAGUUGUUUAUUUCCUUGACAUCUGAUGGGAGGGUGUUCCACAGGGCGGGUGCCACCACCGAGAAGGCCCCUGCCUGGUUCCCUGUAUCCUCACUUCUCGCAGGGAGGGAACUGCCAGAAGGCCCUUGGAGCUGGACCUCAGUGUCCGGGUAGAACAAUGGGGGUGGAGACACCCCUUCAGAUUUAAUGCACCAACAGUUGUUUGUGCUUUCGCUAGCAGUGCAUGGCACAAAAAGUAAAUUGCAAAGAGUUGAAGAUGUUUUUCUCAAAUGUUGCCAAGGGUCAAGAAAGGCAUUGUGGGCCAAGGGUUGGAGCACCCCGGCACAGUUAACCUCUGGAACUCCCUGCCACAGGAGCUGGGGUGGCUUUGAAGGAGGGUUGGGCAGAGGAGGAGAGGGCUGCUGGCGGCUCCUGUCCAGGAUUGUUAGACCCUGAAUGGCAGUUUCUGUAAACCGCAGGAGGGGAGAGUGUCGCUCUGGUGCUCAAAUCCUGCUUGUGGGUUUCCCAUGGGGGCAACUGAGUGACCCCUCUGAGAGCAGGAGGCUGCACUCGGUGGGUCCCCUUGGGCCUGAUCCAGCCCCUUCUAGUCCGUCUCCCUGGAGGCUCAGCUGAGCCUGGGACUCGGAUCUGAGGCUCCACUGUGUGUUGGGGGGCAGAGAGGGGUCCCGAGGGACGGAGAAGGAGGCCGGCAAGCUCUCUGGGGGUAUCCCACCUGGCCUCUGUGUCCCCGGCAGGCGCCAUGAACAACGUCCGCAGCCACCUGCUGAACUCCACCUCCGACUCGGACCUGAUCCGCUACCGGGCCAUCAGCAAGAUCCCCCAGAUCACCCUCAACUUUGUGGACUUCAAGGCGGAGGCCUUCCUGACCUCGCCCUCCAACGAGAAGGAGAUCAUUGCCUCCAGCAAGCUCAAGGAUCGCACCCACAACGUCACUGAGAAGGUCACCCAGGUAGGCUGGCCGAGCGGGACCUGGAGGUGGUGGUCAGGUGUGGGCAGAGACACCCAGGGGUGACCUGGCAUGGGCUGGCAGAGGUGCCCAGAGGCCCCAGCCGCUGUCUCUGAGAAGGGACAGGGACCCUUCCAGCUAUUUAUUCCAUUUGAUUUUGAUUUAAUAGUUCUGCAUUGCAGGCAGUUGGACUUGAUGGCCCUUUCGGGGGGUCUCUCUAUGAUUUUUGAUUCUGUAGCUAAGUUAGGGUCCCAUAGAGGCUGCGGAGGAAGAGAUGAAGGCAUCGUUAGUCUUUAUUACGUUUUAUCUUGAUUUAAUAUUGCUGCACUCCUGGGGGCUGCCCUAGAUGACGCUUGGGAUCCCUUCCGACUCUGCUAGUCGACGAUUCUAGGAUUUGUAUUCUGCUUUUCCAGCAACAAACGUCGAUCUCGCAAUAAUCACAACAGCAAAGGGCCGGGGGAAUGUAAGCACCGGAAUGUCAAAGGCAGUAAAACAAAGCAAACAGCUGCAACAAAUUAUUAAUCAAAACAAUUAAUGCAGAUAAGUAAAAUCAUAAUUCAAAAUGAAUGCGGGCCCUGCCUGCGCUGAGGUCUCCAUGGCACCUCAGUGGAUUGGGCCCCUGCGUCCCAAGCGCUGACACUUCCCUCGGGCUCAAAGUAAUCCUUGGGGGUCUGGAAGGGAGAUGGGAUGCGCUCUGCAUAUGCUUGUGUAUCCUCUAUGAGAAAAGGCGUUCCAAGCACUGAAGGGUUUCUCUCCCAGGUUCUGCUCUUCCUUUCUGCCUCUGUGUUAACCUGUGGAACUCCCUGCCACAUGAGGCAGCGAUGGCCAGCAACUGGACGACUUGGAAAAGAGCAUUCACUAAAUCCAUGGGGGGGGCUAUGGGGGGCUCCUACCCAGGAGCGGAGAGUUGUUCUUGUGCGUGAAUCCUGCGGCCAGAUUCCCGGCGGGAACAUCUGGUUGGCCACUGUGAAAACAGGACUAGAUGGACCCCCUUUGCCUUCAGCCAGGCUCGUUUGAUGUUCUUGUGGAACCUCCAGACCCAGAGGCAGUCUAUCUCUAGACCAUGGGUAGGCAAACUAAGGCCCAGGGGCCAGAUCCGGCCCAAUCGCCUUCUAAAUCUGGCCCAUGGACGGUCCGGGAAUCAGCGUGUUUUUAUAUGAGUAGAAUGUGUACUUUUAUUUAAAAUGCAUCUCUGGGUUAUUUGUGGGGCAUAGGAAUUCAUUCAUUUCCCCCCCCCAAAAAAAUAUAGUCCGGCCCCCCACAUGGUCUGAGGGACAGUGGACCGGCCCCUGGCUGAAAAAGUUUGCUAACCCCUGAUCUAGACUGAGGUUCUUAGUCUAUUUGACCACAGUGAGAACAGGAUCCAGGACUGGGUGAGCCACUGGCCUGAUCCGGCAGGCUGGGAAAUAGGAAGGGGGGACAAAAUGCCCCUCUGCUUCUCCCCCCCCCCCCGUUUUUCCUGACUUCUGCAAGCCCACCUGCCCCUCCCUCUGCAUCCUUCUCUUCUGCUGCCGUCUUGGGGGUGUCAAAGUUGGCUUGGCUACAGGCAGGGGUGUUGUGUGUGAGUGUGAUGAGGGGGUCCUCCCCCCUUCCUGCAGUGGGGGUCUCUGCUCCCCCCCCCAAAAAAAAUCUCUGGGUGCCUCCGCUGCCCUUGCAGCUCAUGCUCUGGCAGUCUGGAUCAGGGACGAUGUGGAGAGCAGCUGGGAGACAAAGUCUGGAGAAGAGGAGAGAUGAGAGCCACCUUCAAAUAUCUGAAGGGCGGAGUUCGCCUCUUUUCUGCUGCCCUUUCCAGAGGGCGGGAUCUGAACCCAUGGCUCCAAGGUGCAAGAAAAGAGAUUCCGACUCAACAUCAGGAAGGACUUUCUGACAGCAAGAGCCAUUCGACGGAAGAGCAGACUCCCUCAGAAGGGGGCAGACUCUCCUCCAUUUGACAUGGCCAGGAAAAGGUCCGGUGGCUAAUAAUAAUAAUAGUAAUAAUAAUAAUUUAUUUAUACCCCCCCCCACUGUGGGCAGCUCCCAACAGAUUGAAAACAGAAUAAAACAUCAAACAUUUAAAACUUCCCUAAACAGGGCUGCUUUCAGAUGUCUUCUAAAAGUCAGGUAGUUGUUUAUUUCUUUGAUAUCUGAUGGGAGGGCGUUCCACACGGCAGGCACCACCACCGAGAAGGCCCUCUACCUGGUUCUCUGUAACCUCACUUCUCGCAGGGAGGGAACCACCAGAAGGCCCUCGGAGCUGGACCUCAGUGUCUGGGCAGAACGAUGGGGGUGGAGAUGCUCCUUCAGGUCCACUGGGCCGAUCUCUCACGGAUGCUGUAGUUGGGAUUCCUGCCUUGCAGAGGGUUGGACUAGAUGACCCUGGGGUUCCCUUCCAACUCUACAGUUCUGUGAUUUCCUUCCUGCCUCUCUCUGGUUAAGGGAGCUGGGUGUGGCGGAAUUGGGAAGAGCCCGGUGGAGCCCCCACGCCUGCCUCUUCCUUGCGCCACUGCCGUCCACCCCACCCUCCUGCAUGAGUUUUUGCAGACCUUCUGCCAGGGGUGAGCUCAUCGCACGCUCCUUUUGCCCGGGGGUGAGAUGUCUCCUGUCCCAGGUUCAAAGCCAGGGCUCGGCCUGGGUGUCUGCUUCCCGGGCCGAGAACACAGGGGUGUCUCUGGGCCACGUGCAGAGUGCCUCUCUUGCCGCUGCUUUUCCGUGGGAUGAGGGAAAUUAGAGUGUCCUUCAGAGAAAGUGCACUUCUCUCCUUCCAGGAAAUUGAUGGAGGGAAGAUCUGCAGCCAGAGAGGGGGAACCAUAUUAAAAUGCUUGGCGGGAUUUAUAGAUGUUUUCUCCCUCCGUCUCGCUUGCAAGAACCUUCCCCGUAAAAUAUGACCCUCCCUCUCCCCGCACAUCCUUCGCGCGGCUGCCAGGCUCCUCGUGAGAAUCUCCAGGCCGCAAGGAGGGCGGAAGGAGGGACAGCAGGUCUUGCUGCUCUUCUGCCAUCUUAGUGGAGAGACGGGGAGCUCAAUCUGAAAUAAAAGGAAUCCGCUUGAAGCAAGUGACCCAGAGAGCCGGACCGAGCUUUGCUCAAGCUUGUCUGCAGAAGGGGCUCCUCCUCCUCUAGACUGUGAAUCGGCGCACGGAUCCUGGCUGGAUCGGAGGUGCUAGGAAGCAGGUGGGGGCAGUUUCUGCUCUGGGGGGUGGGGUGGGGAAUUUAGUCCCAUUCAGACUCAAAGUUUCGUUGUUGUUUAGUCAUUUAGUCACGUCCACCUCUUCGUGACCCCCUGGACCAGAGCACGCCAGGCACUCCUGUCUUCCACUGCCUCCCACAGUUUGGUCAAACUCAUGCUGGUAGCUUCGAGAACACUGUCCAACUAUCUCAUCCUUCUCCUUGUGCCCUCCAUCUUUCCCAACAUCAGGGUCUUUUCCAGUGAGUCUUCUCUUCUCAUAAGGUGGCCAAAGUAUUGGAGCCUCAGCUUCAGGAUCUGUCCUUCCAGUGAGCACUCAGGGCUGAUUUCCUUCAGAAUGGAGAGGUUUGAUCUUCUUGCAGUCCAUGGGACUCUCAAGAGUCUCCUCCAGCACCAUAAUUCAAAAGCAUCAAUUCUUCGGCGAUCAGCCUUCUUUAUGGUCCAGCUCUCACUUCCAUACAUUACUACUGGGAAAACCAUGGCUUUAAAUAUACGGACAUUUGUUGGAAGGUGAUGUCUCUGCUUUUUAAGAUGCUGUCUAGGUUUGGACUCAAAGUUACGAUCCUCUUUUCCAUCCUUACCUGAAGAUGCCAUAAUAUUAGAGGCUACCAUCCACACACUUUCUCUGCGCAGAUACUGGUGGUUAGGUAAACUUCUUUCUAAACGAAAAAAAAAUUUAAAAAAAUGUCCUGUAGCACCUUAUAGACCAACUAAGUUCUGGGUAUGUGCUUUUGUGUGCAUGCACACUUCUUCGGAUACACGGAAGCAGAAGUCCCCAGACCCUUAUAUAUAGUGGGAGAGCGGGGGGGUAUUACUUAGAAGGGUAGCAGGAGAUGGGCAAUUGGCUCAAUGGAUCUGGUCAACCUGUUAACGACUGCAAUUAGUCCUGAAUUUAAUGAGACAACUGUUUAGCAGAGUUUCUCUUUCUUUCUCUCCUGGAAGUGGUGAAGGUGUUUUAAAGAUGGCUCACCAAACUGUAAAGUCUCAGUCAAAAGGUUUUAUUCCCAGAGCAGCAUUAAGGUUGCAAAAGAAAUGGGUUGACUGUUAACAUGAGCCAAGACUAUCAAACAAAAGCCUUAUCUCCUCCAGCACAUUGUGAAUCACAGCAACAGGCCUCACAGGCCAGACUCUUCAGACAGACAUUUUGCUAUGGGGCAUCUGCAAACAGAGUGGUCUUCUUUUUAUUAGCACUUCCAGCUGACACCAAUUAUGGUCACAGUGCCACUCCCAAAUGUAAAGGAAAAAACUCUGGAACCUUUCAGAAACUUCAACUUGUUUCUUUGCAGAAUGAUUCCCUAACACAGGGGUCUGCAACCUGCGGCCCAUGGGCCGGAUGCGGCCCACAAAGACCGUUUUAAUAGCCCCUGAGCUGCCCCCGAACUGAGCCAGCCGAUUAGUGACUCCUCCGCAUGCUGCGCUAAACCGGGGCAGCACGGGGACUCACCGAGCAGGGCCGAAAAUCGCGUCUGCGCACACACAGAUACCGGAAAUCGCUUCUGUGCAUGCUCAGACGCCGAAAAUCGCUUCUGCACAGGUGCGAGUUUCGGCAUCUGGGCAUGCGCACAAGUGAUUUCUGGCGCUGCGGACAUACGCAGACACAAUUUCCAGUGUCGUGCUGUGCCGGUCUGGCCCACGGACGAUCUCCAUGGGAGUGAUCCAGCCCACAGCCGGUAAGCCUUGCCGACCCCUGCCCUGAGACAUAAGGAGUCACACCCAAGAUCUUGCAUGCAAAGGAGACGCUCUAACCACUGAUCUCCGGGCCCCUAGAGCUUGUGUUGCCCUCAUUCUGCCUGCCAUUUGAAACCCUUUUUAAUGCUGGAACCUGGCCUGGGACCUAGGGCAGGGAAUGAAUAAAUACAAUAAUAGUUGUAAUUAAUCAACAAUGAAAACACUUAGGGGAAAGUUGCUCACCUCACACUAUUAUUAUUAUUAUUAUUAUUAUUAUUAUUAUUAUUAUUUUAUACCCCACCCAUCUGGCUGGAUUGGCCCAACCACUUCCACACUGAUAAGAGGAGGAGGAAGAUGCCCCCCCCAAAAUAGGGCUGUGAGUGAGAGGAUGCAAAAUCCCAUCAGAAGCUCCAUCGCCAUCUCUCUUCCUCACCCCCCCUUGCUGCCCCCUUCCUCUGGCCCUUCCCAGGGUCCUGGCUCCCUCCCCCCGCAGAACUUGUCCAGACAGAAUGAGGCCACUUCCUUGCGCCCUGUGGUGGGGAGGGGCUGUGGUGCGCUUGCCAAAGUGUGUGUCCGCCGCCCCCCCCUCGCGGCAGCCAGCGAUGGGUCCAUCAAGAGCGGUGUGCACAUUGGCCUGAUGAGGCUGGCAUCCUGCCAGCGCCUGGCGGGCUCAGCUCCCCUGAGUACCUGCACUCAGGAUGGGCAGAGAGAAAGAAACAAGCUGGUAAUUAAAGCAUCUCCCCUCCGAAGAAAGAUUGGCACAUCUGGGGAAAGGUGAUUAAGGGGGAUUUGAUGGAGGGGUUUUCAGAUUAGGCCUGGCAUAGAGGAAGCAGAGAGAGAAGCGUUUCCCUCCCUCUCUCCAAAGUCCUGAACAUCCUGUGAAGCUGAAUGCCAGGAGAUCCAGGACAGAGGAAAGGAAGACGUACUGUAUUUUUUGCUCUAUAAGACACACCAGACCACAAGACGCACCUCGUUUUUGGAGGAGGAAAACAAGAAAAAAAAUAUUCUGAAUCCCAGAAGCCAGAACAGCAAUCCCUCUUGCUGUUCUGGCUUCUGGGAUAGCUGCGCAGCCUGCAUUCGCUCCAUAAGACACACACACAUUUCCCCUUACUUUUUAGGAGGGAAAAAGUGAGUCUUAUAGAGCAAAAAAUACGGUACUUCAUGCAACACGGAGUUAAACCGUGGAACUCCCCCCCCCCACAGUUGCUGGAAGCCACAGGAAGGGAGAUGAUGGUCCUGUGUUCAAAUCCUGCUUGAGGGUGGCCCACAAUGGGCACCUGCUUGGCGUCGGUGACAAGAGAAGGCUGGACUGGGCAGGCCAUUGGCCCUCCUUAGGCUCUUAUGGAGCCUCCAGGCCCCUGCCCCCGGAGGCACGCCUGGCCCCGAGGCUCUUCCCUGAUUCUGAAGGGUCUCCGGCCUGGUUCCAGGUGGGGGGCGGCUGAGAUGGGAAAGGCACCAUGUCAUUCCUUGUGGCUGUAAUGCCUGCGCUGCAGGGGGUUGGACUAGAUGGCCUUUGGGGUGCCCUUCUGAGUCUACGGUUCUACAACGAGAAGGUUCAUUGGAGGUUUUUAAGCAGAGGUUGGGUGGCCAGAGCUUUGUCAGGAAUUAUUCAGCUGUGGCCCGUGACUCCUGCAUGCUGGUCUAGAUGGCCUUUGGGGUGUCCUAUGAUUUUGUGCCGCUUCAGGGUGGAGCAGUGGCAAUGAGGACAGCAAGUUGUAGGGGAGAGGGAAGGGGAGAGGGGCUUAACAAGCCCCCUCCUCGUCUCCCCAGCUCCAGGGCGUCUCUCCAGGCUCCUAAUCCCCUCCAGACAGCCUUUGCCUCCCUCUGUCCUUGCUUAAUCGAAGUGCAUAUGGUGGGUGGGUGGGAGCCGGGGGGGGGGGCAUCCCGGGGCCUGACAUGCAGAAGGUUCCCCCCCAAAAAAGAGCCCCCACUGGCAUCUCCAGACUUCAGGGAAGGCUGGGAAAGUCCAGUUUCUGACUCCCCCUAAGAGCCCCUGAACACCGGCUCAGUUGUUUAAACAGGAACAAGGAGGGCUGGAACCUUCCUUUAUUUCUUUGGCGGCUGCAGAGCCCCUGCUCCGCGGGACGAAGGGGGCAGCUUCAGCCCCCCCCCGGCCCGGCGUCUCCGGAGAGGGUGGAGGCAGAGCGACGCCCGACCCAGGGGAGAACGGCGGGCAGCUGCCGGCCCGUGUGCGGACAAUGCAGAGCAACUUGGUGCUCUGAGGCUGCUUCCUCCGACGGGGCUGCGCUAUGGUCCAGCUGGGGCUGAGGCGAGCCUGGCCCCAGAUGUGGGGCUGCUGGUGCGCGCCCCCUGGGGAUGUGGCGAGGCCGUGCGGAUGAUGGAUGGAUGGUCUUCUUCCUGCCUCCCUUUGUCAGGAGAAGACCCCGAAGGGCUGGAGCGAAGCCCCUCUUCCGUGGGGCGGGGCGGGGGCUGCUUGCGCACGCGCCCUCUCCGACUUUAUGGCCCCAUAAGUCCCGGCUGGCUGGCGGGCGGGCGGAGAGCGAGCGAGGGAGAGUUGGGGGCUGGGGGGGUCUCCGCCAAGCAGCCGCAUCGGAAGCCCGCAGCGCCUCUGUCUCCCGGCGCGCUCCAAGGUGACCCCCGUGCCGCAAGGUGCGGCCCCCCCCGGCCAGGGACUGGACCGCGCAGCGGGAGCGGGGAAGGAUCUCGGGGGCCGGAGGUGCCUCUGGAGAAUAGGGGAGGGCGGUGUGCUCCUGCCUUGUGCCUCAGUUUCCCCGGCCGCACUCGGGGGAGGAGGAGAACCCCGGGAGCCAGUCAGGGCUGCGGAGCGGACUGAUUCAGGAGCCGGGGGAUAAAGAGGAGGGAUGGGGAGGGUAUACAUUCAGGAGCCCCCUCCCCAGGACAGAUCUCCCCCGUUUGGGGGUGGGGAGUGGGGCUGGGUGCGCGCUCGCUCUCGCUCCGUCUCCCUCUCCAAAUGCCCAUUGCCGCCAGAGCAGAUGGACUCUCUCCUCCUCGGAGCAGAGCUGGGGGUGAGGAUGCUCUGCGAGCAAGGAGGAGCCGGGGGCGGGGGGGGGAGGCUGGCAGCGAGUGGGCGGAGGCCAGCCGGGGCCACCCCGUGGGUGGGCCAAGGAGGGAGGGAGGGAGCGAGCGAGAAAGACCCUGGCAUCUGUUCCCAUCUGCCCAGCCUCCGCUGGUGAGGUGCCUGGCUGCCUCCCUCUCGCCCUCCUCGCCACCCCCCACGGCGGCGGGGGGGCGCUGCGCCGGCGGCCAGGGCCCCCCCCCCCUGAGCCCCAUGCCCUGAGCCAGGAUCGUCGCUGCAGCGGGCAUGUCUCAGGGCAGGAAGGACAGCGGCGUCGGGCAGCCGGAGGGCAAGAACGCCCGAGUGCGCCGGGCGGUGCGCAUCUCCAGCCUGGUGGCGCAGGAGGUAGGGGGCUGUGGGGGGCGGGGCGGGCAGCCCGCCAGGGGGCUUUCCAGAGGGGAGGGGCUCUGGUUCUUCGAGGAUGGGGUAGGGCGGGAAGAGCACUCUGCAUGCGCUCAGAGGCUGGGGGCGGGGGGAGGUGUGGGGCUCAUGAAGUUCUGUCGAGUUCUGGGUUGGGAGGGAGGGGAGCCCCUUGUGCUGUUCUGUGCCCCAACCCCUGCACUUGGGGGGGGCACCCAGAACUAGGCUCUUCAGGGUACCAGGAGCGAAUUCUGCCGGGUCUUCUGCAGACACCCUGGCCCUGGCCUGCCCUUUCCUGACCUUGUUUCCUGAUCUGCAUCCAACUGUUGCUCCCAAAUAUUUAUGUGACACCAGCUGGACACUCAGUGAUGCCUGACCCAGCCGGCCGAUGCCACAGGGAGCCAUAGAUCCCUAUGCGCGUGGAGGGGGCUGGGUGAGGGGACCCCUGCUGCCCCCCCAGGCAGAAGAAGUGCUUUGGGGGUUGCGGAGGAAAGGGGGAGUGAAGAGUUUGGGGGUUCAGGAUGAAGGCUUUCUGGGGAGGGGGCAGCUGGGCAGGUCAUUCUCUGGAGCAGAGAGUCUUAUUACUAUCUCAUCAUUACUGAUUGGUAUUAUUUAUUAUUGCCUUGUUAUUAUUCGUGUCUUAUUAGUGGACAUGCCAUGAGGGUGGGGAGGGGGCUUCAAAUACCGUUCCCCCCAUGAAAAACAGAGAAGGGACGUUGGCGCUGUUUUGUUGCUGAGGUGAGGCACGUAUUCUGAUACCAUCCCUGAUUCUUUGGGUGCUGUUCAGCUACAUCCUACUCAGUGUAGGUGCAUUGAAACCAAUGGGCCUCUCUUCAUCAUGGUCAUUAAUUCAAAUGGGUCUACUCUGAGCAGAGAUUUGCUGAAUGUCGCCUUUAGCGUCAGUGCGUGCAGACUGGAAGGGGAAGCUGAGAGAAUGUGCAUUAAAGUUCCUUUUAGCCCCCCAUGGCGGGCGAUGGAUCCCCCACACACAUCACCAUGCAGUCCAAAAGUGUUGCUAAACCAAUUUUUUUUUGGGGGGGGGGGAGUCUUGGUUCCCCUCCUCCUUAGUGUCUCUCUUCCUUUCCCUGAUGUAGCCCUUCCAGCCACCCGGCUCUUUGGAUCUCCGCUUGCAAUCAGAACCUGCCCCCUGGUUCUCCAGAGUCCCCCCCCUCGAUUAAUGGGCAACUCCAGCAGACUGUGCCUUGUGCCGGGGGCUACGAUCUUGCAGGGAGGCCAACAUUCAUCUUUUGGACAUGACCAAGCAGCUGGUUUAGUGGGGAACGGCGGGAGCAAUUACUGGGGAGGGGGCUGAAAAAAGUGCCCCCUCCCACCUUCGCUCUAUCUACAUUGCUGUAUUGUGAUACAUUUUGUGGAGGGAGGGAGACUGAUGGUGUUAGGACUACGUGAUGCUUAUGCUGCUCCUAAUACAGCUCUGUUAAGCUUUAGAUCACAGGGGGUUGGACUAGAUGGCCCUUGGGGGUCCUUUCCAAACCUACAAUUCUAAGAUUUUUUUAAAAUAAAAAAUAUGUAUUUAAUUUGUGUGCUGCCAGUAGUCUCGGCAUUUUGCUGUGGGGGUUUGAUAGUAGCCGCCCCCCACCUGGUGGCUUCCAGAUGUUUUGGGCAACAGUUUCCGCCCGUCCCGGCCAGGUCCACAUCUGGAGCACAGCUGUUGCAAGUGGUGGCCCCAGACGUCUGGAGAGGCAGGACACUUGUCCUUGCGGUUUGGGGACCCUUUGACUGGGAGCCACUUCGGAACUAACUGGUUUGGGAACAUCGUAAUAGCAAAAAAUCGCCGUGAAAAUGUCUGCUCAGAAUUAGGGGCGCAGGAAGCUGCCUUCUCCCGAGUCCGGCUCUGGGGCCAGUCCACUUCAGCAUUCCCUACACUGACCGGCAGCAAUGGCUCUCCUGGGUUUUGGACAGGGGUCUGUCUCCCAGCCCUACCUGGGUUGAACCAGGGCCCUUCUGCAUGCCAAGCAGGUGUUCUGACACGGAGCUCUGGCCCUUCAGCUCUUUCCAGAGAUUUCUUUGCUUGCUUGCUUGUGACCCGGAAACUACAACUAAUCCAGAAUGUGGCAGCCAGAUUGGUGCCUGGGGGCGGCCGCCGAGACCACAAAAACACCGGUCUUGAAAGACCUACACUGGCUCCCAGGACGUUUCCGAGCACAAUUCAAAGUGUUGGUGCUGACCUUUAAAGCCCCAAACGGCCUCAAAGGCCCAGUAUCCCUGAAGGAGCGUCUCCACCCCCAUCGUUCUGCCCGGACACUGAGGUCCAGCUCCGAGGGUCUUCUGGAGGUUCCCUCGCUGCGAGAAGGCAAGUUACAGGGAACCAGGCAGAGGGCCUUCUCAGUAGUGGCGCCCGCCCUGUGGAACGCCCUCCCGUCAGAUGUCAACGAGAACAACUACCAGAAUUUUAGAAGACAUCUGAAGGCAGCCCUGUUCAGGGAAGCUUUUAAUGUUUGAUGUAUUACCGUACAGUGGUACCUUGGGUUACAUAUGCUUCAGGUUACAUAUGCUUCAGGUUAAAGACUCCGCUAACCCAGAAAUAGGACCUCGGGUUAAGAACUUUGCUUCAGGAUGAGAACAGAAAUCGUGCUCUGGCGGCGCAGCGGCAGCAGGAGGCCCCAUUAGCUAAAGUGGUGCUUCAGGUCAAGAACAGUUUCAGGUUAAGAACGGACCUCCGGAACGAAUUAAGUAGUUAACCCGAGCUAUCACUGUAUUUUAAUAUUUUGUUGGAAGCCGCCCAGAGUGGCUGGGGAAGCCCAGCCAGAUGGGCGGGGUAUAAAUAAUAAAUUAUUAUUAUUAUUAUUAUUUGUUGUUGUUGUUGGGGUCCCAGCUGGACCCGCUGCUCUUAUGGUCAUCUCUCCUCCCUUGGAGGUUUCCAAGCAGAGCCUGGGAUGCUUUCGCUGCGAUUCCUGCCUUGUGGGAGCUCGGACUCGGUGGCCCUUGGCAUCCCUUCCAUUUCCAGGGGUCUCUCAGUGGAGUCUCCUUCGCGGGAGAGCUUUAAGCAGAGGGCCAUUGGCCACCGGUCAGGGAUUUGCCAACUGCGAUUCCUGCCUUGCUGGGUCUAGAUGGCCGCUUGGGGUCCCUCCCAAGUCUAUGCUUCUGUCUUUCUGCAAGGGGUGGGGAGGGUCUGGGUCUGGUCUGCUCCCAUGUGGACUCUGCCCCCUGGGCCAGGAGCAGGACAGAGGGGCUGGUGAGAAGGGACGGUGUUGCCCCCAGCCCUCCGUCUCCCACCUUGAAGUUGGAACCAGUUCAAGCUCUUCAAGAUGCCCCCCACUUAGGAUUUGGCACAUUGCACAAGGCAAAGACCCCCCCCCCCCCCGGUCCAAAAAGGGCUCCCAGAGAAGCAAUUUCAUUUCCUUUUUAAAAAAAUAAUAUGUCCAGUUCCUGUGUCUCCCACUUUGUUCUGCAAGGAGUUCAAGGAGGUCUCUCCCCCCCCCCCCCAUUUAACUCCCCACAAUUUAUUAUGGGUGUUAUUUAUUAAAUUUUCACCCGGAGUUUUCAGGGUGCUCCACAGCACAAAAACACAGAAUGAAACCACAAAGGACACGAUAAAAACAAGAACAAAACAAAUCCAUACAGUAAUUUCCCCCCUCCCACAAAGACAUUGAAAAGGACAUAGACUGUUGAUCAGCCAAAGGUCUGGCUGAAGAGGAACAUUUUCGCACAGAAACCCUGUGGGGUAGGCUAAAAUAAUAAUAAUAAUAAUAAUAAUAAUAAUAAUAAUAAUAAUGGUCUGAGAGGCAGUGACUGGCUCCAGGUCACACCCAGGGAUCUUCAUGGCUGAGAGGCGGAAUUCGAACCCUGGUCUCCCAGGACCUAGUCCAUGACUCUAACCCCUACACCACACUGUCUCUCUCGCUGGUUUCCUCAGAGCUCAGCCCUCGGCCUCCCCUCUGUUCUCUCGCUCCAGUCAAGGUGCUUCGUCUCCCCUGGGGAGCCCUGCGGCCAAAGUCCUCCUUGGGGGGCGCUGGGAGUGUGGGGUGCUGCCCCCCAGCCUAGCCAGGUAGCCCUCCAGCCCCUUAGGAAACGCCCCAUCUGUCACCCACAGGCUCUGGGUUCGAGAAAGGCUCCAGCACGCCCCCUGCUGCUGCUUUGCCUGAACUGUGAAUCCUGGAAGGAAAGGUGCAAGCAGAAGGAAGCACUUUGCACGGCCGGCCCGUCUUCCAGGAUUUUGCCCAGUCCUUUUUUAAAGCCAGCCAGCUUGGUUGCCAUCACUGUCUCCUGUGGCAAGGAGUUCCGUAGUUUAACUCUGUGCCCUGGGAUGGGCAGGCAGAGACAGUCCUCUGUUCCCUUUCUCCACCAACCAUUGCAGCUGAAUUCAAGAGGCCUCAUUGGGGUGCAGGUCUAGGCUUUCUCAAUGUUGCCAUAAAUCCACUCUGCUCGCACUCAGAGGCACUCUCUUCUUCCCGAGUCAAGCCCUUGCAUGGAAAGCGGGUUCCGGAGCUGAGCCCUGUGCCACCCCCAACGUUACGAAGAGGGCAAAGGCCCCACUUGACCAGCCCUGUGAGGCCAGGGGCGCAGGAUGGGGGGCAAGAAAUGGGGGGCAGCUUGGGGUGGGAGGGGACUCUGGGAAAGACCACGCUGUGCCCCUGCACUUGCCCUGCCUCUUCCCUUCCUUCCUAUGUCCAGCUGUGGGGCAAUUCAACAGAGAUGCAGUGUCGCCUAGUGGUUAGAGCACUAGGCUCGUCCCCACUCAGCCAUGGGUGACCUUGGCGGGGGCAGUCGCUGCCUCACGGCCUAGCCUACCUCGCAGGGUUGUUGUAAGGAUAAGGGAGGAAGCAGGAACACACUGGCCACCUUGAGCUCCCUGCAGGGACCCCCAGGGGCUAUCUAGUCCAACCCCCUUGUGAAAUGUAAGAAAUAAAGUUUUGCUGUGCCCACAGCAGACAAGGAGCAACAGAAGCAGGCAGUAAGAGGGCAGAGGAUGCCAGGGGGCUUGUUCAGAGGAGCCCCCCCCCCAAGUGUGGGUCAUUUUGACUGCCCUCAGUUUCCAAACCAGGCCAAGUGAAGUGUGUGUGUGUGUGUGUGUGUGUGUGUGUGUGUGUGUGUAAUCAGGUGCUAAAGGUCAGGUACAGACUGUGGGUUUUUCCUGGGGGGGACUCUGGGGUACUCAUACCCCUAGAUAUUUUAUGAAUCUAAGUUUGGCCUUACUGAGGGGCAGUAUUUCAAUAUGAGUAGGAAAAGGAGAGCACCUCUCAACAUUUUUUAAAGAAGCAAUGCAGUGGAAGUGAACGAUGCCCUGGGGGGGGGAUCCCACGGAGAUUGGCCCCUGCCAGGCCACCACCCAGGGGUCAGUGGAACCCCCAAGAAGGACCCAGCCCCACGGAUCAAGAGGGUCUGUCAGGAAGGCUUGAGCACAGCCAAAUGGUCUGGUGAGCUGCCGACAGGCCUGCCUGUUCAGGAAGCAGGUGAAUGAGCGCCCUGGAGAUCCCGCCACGGAAGUCCGUUCCCCUGGCGCAAGCCAUGCCAAGGACCCCCCUGAACCCCCCUGGGCAAGGCAGCCGCCCUCAGUCUCCACUUCUGUAAAAUGGGAAGAGGAGCCCCGUGUCGCCAGGGGGAGCCUGACCAAGGCUGCAGGUUCAAGGGGUACAAGAGGAUGGCUGCCAUUCCAAUCCUCAUAUUCUCAGGGAGGGCUAGAUCGGGUUAGUGCCAAUUUUGCGCCACCCACAAGUGCGUUUUGCAACUCCUGCAUUCCUCCAUCUUCCUGCCAUCUCCCUGGCUCAGGCACUCAGGAAAUCAGCCGUAGAGUUGUAGAGGGACUGGCAAGGGUCAUCUAGCCCAGCCCCCCGGACAGAGAGACAGCCUUCCCAGGGCGCCCCUUCGACUGUCCAAAGGCUCCCCGCCCCCCCAUCAAGAUAUUCCUAAUUAAUUGAUCAGGAAUUCUGCAGCAAGAAUGCCCAACGGUGCCUUGGGGUCUGGAAAUGUGCAUUUUUAAUCAAAUACAGCUGGCGCUUUUUCCCAGGCUGCUGAAUCCUGUCGAAUGGCAGAUCCCCCUGUCAGGGAUUCUUCAGCUGCAAUUCCUGCGCUGCAGGGGUUGGGAUGGAUGAGCCCUGGGGGGCCCUUCCAACUUGACAAACCUGUGCUUCUUUGGUUGUAUUGGGGGGGAGACUCUGGAGUGGGCAACCUGAGUCUGCGGGGGGGGGGGAUGUCUCUAAGCCAUGGAGAAAGAGACCUGGUGAACUGGACUCUGCCAGGUUGUUUGGGGGGGGGGUAAGGGGGGUGUCCUGCAAACCUUCCGUGAGUGAGUUUGAUUCAGAGAACUUGCUUUCAAGGAACAUGCCCCCCCCCCAAAAUACAUCCAGCCAUAGCCAAGCCCCCUGCUAAGACGCCUGGAGGUGCUGACCCCACUUUGAGCUGCCUUCCAGUCUGGAGGGGGCUCUGGAGGGACCCCCCCCCAAAAAGGCCAUUUCCAAAAAUGAGUUAGGUGGAAGACCUGGGGAAAGAGAUGCAACACACACACACAGUCAUGGCUCCCCCCUCCCUUUGUCUCCCUUGUGGGGAGGAGAGAUUGCUCCUUCCUCCCCCCUCACCCCCCCCCCACAUUCCCCCUGUCCAGCUUUGCCUCACUUUCCCAGCAAAGGCCAAUAUUUUGUCCCAAUUUGGUGCCCAAAGGAGGCCAGUUAAUUUUAGCGCAUCUCUCCUCAGCCUGGGUGCCCCCCUCCCCCUUGGACCUCUGCCCCCUCCCUCGCUAAAAAUGGAACUGGAGCAGACAGGGAACAUUUUGCCAGCCCUUCAAGAGGCAGCUCAGCCCAGGAAAGGGCCCCCCCACCAACAGGGGCCCCCAGCUUCAUCCUACAAGUGGGCCCCACACCCCUGAGAAAAGAUCUGGGUGACCCCCCCCUGCCUGAAACCCUGGAAAGCCAAGGGGGCCUCGCUCCACACCCCAUGCCUGCCCCCCAUGUUCCUACAUCCUUUUAGACCAGCGGUUCUCCACCUCUGGGUCCCCAGAUGUUGUUGGACUACAACUCCCAUCAUCCCUGAGCUCUGGCCUUGCUAGCUAGGGGUGAUGGGAGUUGUAGUCCAACAACAUUUGGGACCCACAGGUUGAGAAAGGCUGUUUUAGACUGACUGGAGGGGGGGCACCAUAUCACUGAAUGUGCCAAGCCCACCCCCUCCCUCAUAAGACCACAUUUUGUGGACACCCCAUGAAACUGAACGUGAGAAAAUUCAGCACCAAUAAAAGAAAGCCCUUCUUCCGUCUGAGUUUAACUAUGGAACUCCCUGCCACAGGAGGCAGUGAGGGCCACCAACCUGCAUGGAUUGGAAAGAGGGUUCAAGAAGAUUCCUGAAUUGCAGGGGGUUGGGCUGGAUGACCUUUGGGGUCCUUCCCAACGCUAUAAUUCCAUGAUUUUGAGUUCAUGGACGAGGAGGCAGCUUUCAAGGCCUGCUAGCCAGGAUGGCCCUUCUCUGCUUCUAGGUGGUGGUGGCUGGAAACCGCAGGAGGGGAGAGCAUGGCUCUCACGCUUGGAUCCUGCUCAGAGGCUUCUCAAAAGGAUCCGCUUGGCCGCUGUGAGAACAGGAUGCCGGACUAAAAGGACCCACUGCUGACCCCAUCCAGCUGGUUCUUCAGGGGUACAGUCAUACCUCGGGUUACAGACGCUUCAGGUUGUGUUUUUUGGGGUUGCGGACUGCCGAAACCCGGAAGUACUGGAACAGGUUACUUCCGGGUUUCAGCAAUUGCGCAUGCGCAGAAGCGCCAAAUCGCAACCCGAGUGUCCACUGUACUUAGGCUCUUAUGGAAACCGCAGGAGGGGAGGCUUGUUCUUGUGGCUGCUUCCCGGACGGGGCAUCUAGUUGGCCUCUGCAAGAACAGGAUGAUGGGCUUGGGGAGCCAUUAAGAACCUCGGAAGAACCACCGGUGAGCCGUUGAGAACAUCGGGAAGAGGUUUCAGGCCGCAAGAGCUGUUCCAGUGCAGGAUGGACGGGGUGGACGCUCCUUCCUUGCGGUUUUUGAGCAGAGGCUGGAUGGCCAUGGGCCCUGGACGCCUUGCAGGGGGUUGGUCUGGAUGACCCCUGGGAUCCCUUCCAGCUCUAUGGUUCUGUAGGAGUCUGUUGCGUUGAGCCCAGGGCCCAGCUGUGAGACUGAGCCAGCCGGGCUCUCCUUAGUCUUACCUGCCCCCUCUGUGGCUCUCAGCCAGCCGCUUGGAGGGCCGGGAUGAGGGGAAGGUGGCUCUGGGGGUCGGAUCCUGCUUGUGGGUUUCUUUGUAAUGGGCCAGCCCUGAAGAGCAGGCAGGACCAGAUGGGCCAGUUUCACCAUUUCUGCGCCAGCUGUUCCUCGCACACUCAGGAACACUUAUUUAUUCAUGGGAGGCUUUCGAAAGUGCCCUCUUGGAAAAGUAUCACGUCCGCAUCAGACGAUUUGAACGCAAUCCCAUUGGAUUUGGAAUAUAAGCCGUGGGUUUUCGAAAGAACUAAUGACAGCGAAGUUCAGAUAAUAAAAGCAUAUGUGCUGUAAGGCAGCUCAUAAAAAGAAGUUUAAAAUAAACAUCAGGAAAGGAGGUCUGGGAAGUCAAGAAGAAGGAACAUUGUACACGACAAUGUUUUGGAAUCUUUUUGGAGAUUUGAUAAAAAUGAUAGGUCUAGAAAGCAACCCACGGGGUCUGCAGCGUGGCAGGGGGGCUGAGACCCACAGGACCCCCCCUCGGCCGAGCCCACAGGCCAGUCUCCCCCAGCCAGGCACUGCCAGGGGGGCCUAAUGGUUAGAGCGCUGGGCUGGGACCUGGGAGAGGAGGGUUCGAAUCCCCCCGGGGUGACCUUGGAGUCAGUUGUCAUCUCUUAGGGAUGUUGUGAGGGUGGAAUGGGGAGGAGGGGAGCCAUGUGCCCCCCCCCCGGAGAUCCUUUGAAGAUAAAGGUGGUAUAUAAAGAUAAAUAACAACAACAACAAGGCACCCUUCCACAUCCUCCUUCUUGGCACCUGCCGCCCCUCCUGCCUCAGUUUCCCUGCUGCUGAAAGCAGACCUGAGCUUGCGGAAGCAGGAACCACGAUGUUCCACCCAUCCGUUCCUCUAUUUGUUGUUGUUGUUUAGUGGUGUCCGCCUCUUCGUGACCCCCUGGACCAGAGCACGCCUGGCACUCCUGUCUUCCACUGCCUCCCGCAGUUUGAUCAAACUCAUGCUGGUAGCUUCGAGAACACUGUCCCACCAUCUCGUCCUCUGUCGUCCCCUUCUCCUUGUGCCCUCCAUCUUUCCCAACAUCAGGGUCUUUUCCAGGGAGUCUUCUCUUCUCAUGAGGUGGCCAAAGUCUUGGAGCCUCAGCUUCAGGAUCUGUCCUUCCAGUGAGCACUCAGGGCUGAUUUCCUUCCAGAAUGGAGAGGUUUGAUCUUCUAGCAGUCCAUGGGACUCUCCAGAGUCUCCUCCAGCACCAGAAUUCAAAAGCAUCCAUUCUUCGGCGAUCAGCCUUCUUGAGGGUCCAGCUCUCACUUCCAUACAUCACUACUGGGAAAAGCAUGGCUUUAACUGUACGGACCUUUUUCGGCAAGGUGAUGUCUCUGCUUUUUAAGAUGCUAUCCUCUAUUUAUUAUUUGCUUAUUAAAACCAUUUAGGGGUCACUUUCUGUCCAAGGAUUCCAAAGUGUUUUGCAGAAUAAAGUAACAACACUAAACUGUUAACUACUUAUAAACUCAAGUGUUAAAAUAUCAGGGGCAGGUGGGAAGGGAGCCCAUCUCAGAGAAGGAAAACUCUGAUCCUGAAUCUCCACUGUCCUGCGGGGAGAAGAGAAGGCUCACGAGAAAACCCUACAGAAAUCCAGAAUCCCACGUCUGGCUCGGCGUUCCUUUGGGCCACAUCAGUGAGGCUGAGAAAGGGGGUCUUGUCGUCUGGGCAGCCGGGGACCCCCACGCACACGGCGCAGCCUUGCGCCCAGGGAGGUCACUCUGGGCUGCUCACACAGCGGUUUGGCUUCACCCCUGGAAGCGCACUCCAUUGUCUCUGGAGGCAGAUGGUUCAUAGAAUGGUAGAGUUGGAUGGGACCCCUGGUGGCCAUCCAAUCCAACCCUCUCAGUGCAGGAAUCUCAUCGAAAGCAUCCCUGACAGGCUGCCAUCCACCUUCCAUCCCACCGUUGAGCAGCUCUUCCUGCCGUCAAGUCCUUCCUGAGGUUGAGUCAGAAUGCCAGCAACAACAACAAUGUUCUUAAAAUAUACAUGAAAGCUAAAGAAGCAGCAACAAGCAUGUGCAGAGUGCAAAGUGCCUUUGGGGUGGAGAGGUUUCCCUGUACAUCCUGCCUGCCAGGUAGGCCAGCUGCAGAUCCUGUUUCUGGUGGGAAGAGCAGUUUGACUCCCUUGGGAAGGGGGAGAUUGUGUGUCUGUCUGUCUGAUUCUUUAGCUGCAGUUCCUGCAUUGGGGGGACACACGACUAGAUGGCCCCUGGGGGAACCUUCCCAGUCAACAGUUAUAUCAUUUGAUCCGUCUCUCUUUCCAGAAGGCGGUGGAGUCUCCUUCAUUAGGUCAGUUGGGAUUCUUCCGCUGCGAUUCCUGCCCUUCAGGGGGUUGGGCUAGAUGACCCCCAGGUCCGCUUCCCACAACUCUUAUGAUUCUAUAGUUAGGAGGGACUUUCCCCCCAGGAGGUGGGGAGGCAAAUUCCUUCCCCUGCAGGAUAUACCUUGACUCGCUUGCUUGAGCGAUCAAACGGCAUCACAUUUCUGCAGGGGGGGGGGGCUCUUUGUGGCCUGCUCAGCUCCUGAAAGCCCUGCUGAAAAAUCUUUUUUGUGUCCCCCCCCCCCUUAGCAUUAGAACUCUUUCACACACACGCCAGCCUGUCUGGUACCAAAAUAACUGUGCGCAAACACACGCAAGGUGGGUGGGGAGCGAGGCUUGGCAUGUCUUGCCUGGCGGGGAGGGCUUUCUCCUGCCCCGCCAAGGGGGCCUGUUUUGGGGAAGAGGGAGAGGAUGCCCACGCAGCUGCCAGGGCUGCCACCCUCCUCCUCCUCUCCCCCAGGGGCCAGGCUUCUCCGGUGCCUUGGCAGUGCCAGGGGGGCAUCUACCAACCCGUCCGCCCUGGCGAAGGGUUAACGGCUGGGGAGGCUGACCAGCCUGGCUCCUUCUGGCGCUGGGAGACAGAGAGCAGGGCAGGCUGGGUAAAAUUUCCGCCCCAAUAAUUUUCCAGCCUGCCUCUCUCUCUCGCUGCCGCCUCCCCAACAUCCGAGCCUGGCAGCCGCUCUGGGUGGCUGCUCUGCCCGCUCCCUGCGCCCCCUCCGCAAGGGGCUCCCCCUCCACCUCAGGCCAGCAGCAUGCCCAGCGCCCCAGGCACCAGAGGGUCGCCCGCCCCCUGCCCUCUGGGUGCCCCCCACCGGGCACGCAGCUGGGGCUGAGCGCCAUGCGGGCGGCAGCGCCUUCGCAAGAGGAUGCUAGCUUCCCUCCUGCAGCUGCUCCAGGAUUUCUCGGGCACCCCUGCCGCUGCCACCGCUGCCCCCCAGCCCGGAGCGCCCCCCAUGCCUGGGGCUUCCCUGUGUGGCACCUGCCUGUGCCUGGACAGCGGCAGCGGCGCCCAUGCCAGAGCCAGGGCCCAGGAUGGCGAGCAGGGAGACAAGGUAGGCGCUUUUCCCAGGGGGUGGGAGGAGGGGAGGGUCUCCAUUUGUCCUCCGUGGGGCAGAAGCAGGAGGGUGGGGUCCGCUCUCUGGUUUAUUUAUGGAAGGAAUAGGUGCUGGGGGGCUGAGUUAUCACUAAACUGGGAUGAAUGGGGCAGGACUUCUUCAGGCAGCAAAUAGUUAAACGGUGGAACUCCCUCCCACAAGAAGGGUGGGUGGCUUUGGAGCCAUAGAGUUGGAAGGGACCCCUGAGGGUCCUCUAGUCCACCCCCUGCAAGGCAGGAAUCUCAAGUAAAGCAUACAGAUUAGAGGGUUGGACGGAUCCAGCCAGGAUGGCGUCUGCAUCCCAGCUGCCGGAAGGGGAGAGGGCUCUGGGCUUGGAUCCUGCUUGCUGUUUUCCCAUUGGGGCAUCUGGUGGGCCCCUGGGAGGGCAUGAGGCUGGGCUGAAUGGUCCCCCACUGGCCUGAUCCAGCAGGCUCAUAGCUGUCAUCUUUUCCCUUUUCUUGCGAGGAAUCCUAUUCAGAAUAAGGGAAUUUCCCUUUGAAACAGGGAAACGUUGACAGCUAUGAGCAGUCUCUUUUGUAGUUCUUACGGCUGCAUAGAGGGAUGCUCACUCUUUAUAUGCUCAGAGGCACUCUUGGCUGCGCUGUGGACUCAGCUUUGGGGCUGAGCUAGGGGAGAGUGAGGUGGCCAGACGCCAAGGGAUCCGAGUUCGAAAGCCGCUUGGAGCUGCUGUUCAGGAAGGUGGAUUUGCGAGGGUCCCCCAACAUCCCACUGCGCCUCUCAGGGUUCGCUGGGGAGAGGGGCUUGGGUGUGGGCCUGAGGAUGAAAGGGAGCAGAGUGACACACACACACACACACACACACACACACACCCCGCCUCCAGCCCUUCCUCGUUCCUGGUGGUUGGGGGGGCCGGGGGGGCACCCGCUCUGGCGCUUCGUGGAGCAGAGGGUCAGGUGGGGCAAAGCUGUUUGGUUGCACAUCCUUCCUCCGGGGAGCUUUGAGCUUACGUAAGUCUUCCGAGGUUGCACCGUCACGUGGGAAAGGCGCUCUGUGUGUGCUCAGAGGCACUUGCUUGAUUUUUUUUGUUAUUUUUUAAAUGUCACUGUGGUUUAGGUCUCUGCUGUGGCCCUGAGGACAUCUCUGGGCUGGGAUCCCAUCCUGAUGGGGGUGCAGGUGCUGCCUUGUGGGUGGGGAGGGGGAGGCAGCGGAGGAGAACAGACCAGCACCCAGCAGCUGAUGGGCUGGAGAGACACCUGGGGUCUUAGCAGUUCCCCACCAGAGAGGUUAGGGGGCUUCUGGGCUGCUUUGAUGUCUCCCUGAACAAGGGCUCCUCCCUGCUCCUAGCAGAGUGGGGGGCGCUGUUGUGCUUGAUGGAUUGCACUGCAGAGAGAGGAGGACACUCUGCCUGUGCUCAGAGGCACUCUUGCUGUGUCCCAUGUUCCAGCUCUGACUGGGAGCAUUGCAAGGAGGGUGUCUUUGGGGUGUCUUGGGCUCACCUGAAGUGACAGAGCAAUGCAGGGAAAAGGUCUCCCCAGAGCAGAAAUUGUGGAGGGGCUCCUUGCAAGAACCCAGCCAGUCUCCACAUGCCAGUGACCCAGUUUGAACUGGGUGGCAAGUUGUCUGCCCAUUUCGUGAGCCAAAGCCCGGCCAGGGAGUGGGGGAGUGCAGUGGCGGAACCGAUUUUUGAAUUUUGGGCAGCGACCCCAAAGGCUCCUGCUCAUGAUUUCCAGUGGGUCUACUCUGAGUAGGACACCCACCCAUGUCAAGGCAGCCAUACUGAAUUUGUAGGUUCCCCUGAGGAUGUGCAGAGUGCUUCGUUGUCACCAUGCCGUGACCAGAGCCAAAUUCAACCUUGCCCCCCCCCCCCAGAGGGUGGUGCUCAGCACCCUUUAGCUAAGCAGCAUGAUCUGGAGUCUUUUGUGGGGAGUCUGCCAGGGUCAGGGGAGGUGCCCCUGGGGGUGGCAGCUUGAGGGGCGGGGGGCAAGAGGCCCGUUUUCAGGACGCUCCAUUCCUGGGACUUUUGGCAGAGGGGCCAGAGGUGGCUGUGCAGCUGCUGCCCCCCCUCCAGCUGCUGAAAUCCCCCCCCUUCAGAGCCAGGAGGAAUUAGCUGCCCGUCUGGAGGGCACCCUGGCAUGGGAUGGCCAGGAAGGUUAUAAAUAGAAGGUGCUCCUGGGGCAGCCGGCUGGGGAAUCGGAGGCAGCAGCAGCAGCAGGGAAGGGGGGCGCAGCAAAGCAUGCUGGGAACAAAUAGCUCAGGGUCUCCCUGGGUGGGGGAGCAAGCAGCUGGCUCUCCCCCCCCCCCCCGUUUGUGGUGUGUGUCUCCCCACCUUAGCCUGAGACAGCUGGCAGGAGGAGGAGGAAAGAGGCGCUGAAUCUGCCAGCGAUGCUUCAGCUCCCGGGUUGGACUAGAUGGCCCUUAGGGGUCCCUUGCAAAGCCUGCCAUUCCUUGAAUGGGGACUGAGGCCCACGGCUGCAUCGCCCACGGAGACUGGGUGUGGGGACCCCCCUUCUUUUUCCACAGAGGCCAUCCUGGGGUGAGGAGAAGGGAUGGCAAAAUCGUAGAGCUUUGAGGGAACCCCAGGGGCCAUCCAGCCCAACCCCCGGGCAGAGCAGGAAUCUCAGCUCAAGGAUCCCUGGCAUGAGGCUGCCCAACCAGCCAAGCCAUGGUCGCUUUACUGAGCUGGUGACUUUUCUCCUUCAGCUUCUCAGUGUGUGUGACAGGGGGGUGCUGUUCCGGCCUCCCGGGGCCUGGAUCCAUCACUACUGCGGUCCCUCCCCUGCAGCCAGGCCACGGCCUCUUGUCACAUCUUAUCGUGAGAGCAGGGCCUGAUGGGAGAAUCACAUAGGGUUGGAAGGGUCCCCCAAAGGUCAUCCAGUCCAACCCCCUGCGGCGCAUGAAUGGCAACCGAAGCGUUCCUGACAGAUGGGCAUGGAAGCUGACUCUGCUGGGGUCACUGGGGGGCACCUUUCCCGGGGGGUGUGAUUCUGCCUCUCUCUCUGAUGGCCCCCGUGUCCCUUCCCUCCAUCCCCAGGUCCUGUCUCUGGGCGCUGACGUCCUCCCGGAGUACAAGCUGCAGGCGCCCCGCAUCCACAAGUGGACCAUCCUGCACUACAGCCCCUUCAAGGCGGUCUGGGAUUGGCUGAUCCUGCUGCUGGUCAUCUACACGGCCAUCUUCACGCCCUACUCGGCCGCCUUCCUGCUGCACGACCGGGAGGAGCAGGCGCGGCGCUUCUGCGGCUACUCCUGCAGCCCCCUCAACGUGGUCGACCUCAUCGUGGACAUCAUGUUCAUCAUCGACAUCCUCAUCAACUUCCGCACCACCUACGUCAACUGCAACGAGGAGGUGGUCAGCCACCCGGCCAAGAUCGCCAUCCACUACUUCAAGGGCUGGUUCCUCAUCGACAUGGUGGCCGCCAUCCCCUUCGACCUGCUCAUCUUCGGCUCCGGCUCCGAAGAGGUAGAGUCGCAAGAAGCCCGGCGUUUCGGUGCCGCUCCCGUUUGCAAGGGCCCUUUGAGCUGCCGCCAGGUCACGGAAUGUCCCCAAACACUCUUCCUGCUCCGGGGCAAGGCGAGGGCAAUAGAAAGCGGAGGGUUUGGGUUUUGUGAAAAGGAUGGGCAGUGCCUUCGGUGGCUGCAGGACAGGCAGGAAUUCAACAGAUGCAGACUUUCCCAAUUGUGUAGACAUCCAACUGUCAGAUCUCUGUCAUGGAAAGGUCCUGAACUCUUGUGUACAUAGAAAGUUUGGAAGUGGGGGCUGCAGAGGGUGGGGGGCAGAUGGCAGGUAGCCCCUCCAGGUAGCUGUGGAUGGAGAAGGAGAGAAGGACAAGUCCCAGGCUCAGUCCCCAAUGGCUUCAGGGUUCAUGGCAGAUGCAGUGUAAACUAUGGAACUCUCUGCCACUGGAGACAGGGAUGGCCACCAGUGUGGAUGGCUUUAAAAAAGGAUUGGACAAAUUCAUGGAGGAGGAGAGGGUCGUCAAUGGCUACCAGCCAUCAUGGCUGGAGGCCCCAGUGCUUCUGAAUCCUAGUUGCUGGAAACCACCGGGGGGAAGAGGGCUCUGGGGCUCAGAUCCUGCUUGUGGGUUUCUGGCUGACCGCUGUGAGAACAGGGUGCUGGACCUGAUGGGCAGUUGGCCGGAUCCAGCAGGCUCUUCUCAGGUUCUUAUUAUCUCCGUCCAGGGCUGGGGGGGUCUCCCCUGCCUAAACCCUGGAGAGGCAUUGCUGGCAGUCAGUGCAGGCGACCCGGAGCAGCCGGAUGGGCUGUGUGGUAGGAUGCAGUUUUGAGACACGUCCUUCAGUCCUGGUGUUCCGCGUUUGAAACUGACUGGGCGCCAGUCACAUUUUGCGACAGGGAACCGGCCUUUUGCGAGAGAUGUCUGGUCACCAGGUUUGGCCACUAACAUCUCCAUCUGGCCGGCUGGCGCUGCUGCCGUGCCGUGCCAGUCAGCUGGCUUGUGGGGUCUCACGGCACCAAACGCCUCUUUUGCUGCUGCGCUGCCCCGUGAUCAGCUACUCCACGGGGCUUCUAGGCAUUCAGUUGUGGCGAACAAAAAGGGUCAUUGUGCCGUUUGGCCGUUAGGUUUCCUAUCUCAGCUUCGAAGUGGGAGACCCAGGAGUCAGGGAAGUGGUGGCCACAGGAGCCUAAGGAAGGGGGGGCUGGAGGGGGGUGUCUGUCCUUUUCACCCCCUGCCAUCUCAGCUCAACCCGUCUCCCCCGUCCCCGUCUGUGUGGGGAGUUCAUGGCCUCCAUCGGCCAGGACCGGGAAGGAUUUUGCUUCGGAUGCGAGGCUGCAAUCUUGGCACCCCAAAAAACGUCUCUUGCCCCCUCCCCACGGUUCCUGCACAUGCUCACAGGGCAGCUGGAGAGGCAGGAGCCGGCGAGGAAACUGGGUCUGGCCCCCAGGGAGGCCCCCCCAUCCUGUGCGCCAGGUGCAUGGGGGGGAGGCGGAGGAGAAUUUGUGAGGCUCAGGUGCGCCAGCCGAGAUGGCGGCUGCCUCAGAGGAUCAGGCCCAAGGGGGCACCCGUCUGCUCCUGGCUGCGGAGAGCAGGCUGGGAGGUGGGGGGGGGUCUCUGGACCCAGGGAGAAGCGCACCUGGGGGGUCUGCUCUUUCCGCUCCGGGGGGGGGGGGAGACUCAGAGCAGCCGGGGCUGUGAGUCCUCCGAACGGGGCUGGAUCACAUUUGGACCCAGGGUGGGUCACCAUCCAGGAUUCCCCGUGGAGCAUCCCGUUGGCCACAGAGAGAACAGGACCCUGGACUAGGUGGGCCAUUAAAGGGUAAAGGUAAAGGGACCCCUGACCAUUAGGUCCAGUCGCAGACGACUCUGGGGUUGUGGCACUCAUCUGGCUUUACUGGCCGAGGAAGCCUGCAUACAGCCUCCGGGUCGUGUGGCCAGCAUGAUUAAGCCGCUUCUGGUGAACCAGAGCAGCGCACGGAAAUGCCGUUUACCUUCCCACCAGAGCAGUACCUAUAUAUCUACUUGCACUUUGAUGUGCUUCCGAACUACUAGGUUGGCAGGAGCAGGGACCGAGCAACGGGAGCUCACCCCGUUACGGGGAUUCGAACCGCCGACCUUCUGAUCGGCAAGUCCUAGGCUCUGUGGUUUAGACCAAAGCGCCACCUGCGUCCCUAGGUGGGACAUUGGAGCGGGCUAAAUGGAGCCUCCAUGGACAGAGUCAGUCUACCUGAGGAUAGUAACCACCAAGAGUGGGAGACGGCUGUUGCUCUGCCAUCCCGCUUGGGCCUCCCCUUGGCUGGCCACUGUGGGGGGCAGGAGGCUGGACUGGUGGGCCCCCUUGGGCCUGAUCCUGCUGCUGCUCUUCUGAGGUUCUUAUGGGAGCUCAUGACUCUGAGGGAGCAAGUGAAGAGGAAGAAAUGGACGGGUGGGAGAUGGGGAGCCCCUUUCGCCCCGAAGUCUCCUAAGGGAAGUUUGCAAGAUCCCUUGGGCAUCUUGGAAUAACAAGAGGGAUGGGGGUGGCAGUUAUUUAUACAGUCAAACCUCGGUUUUCACACGUCUCAGCUGCCGAACGUUUUGGAAGCUGAAUGCUGAAAAACCGGAAGUGAAUGCUUCUGUUUUCGAACGUGCCUCAGAAGUCGAACGGCUUCCUAGGCGUGUUUCUUAUUUUUCCCCAUUGAACUUGCUGACAGCCCUUUGAACCCUGGUUUUCGAACGUUUCGGAAGUCAAACAAACCUCCAGAACAGAUUAUCUUUGAAAACUGAGGUUCCACUGUAUAUUGCUUUCUGGACCCCCAAGAAACCGGCAUAUGAAAGCAACCCAAUUUGCAACAGAGUACAGUACAGUGGUACCUCGGGUUAAGUACUUAAUUCAUUCUGGAGGUCCGUUCUUAACCUGAAACUGUUCUUAACCUGAAGCACCACUUUAGCUAAUGGGGCCUCCUGCUGCUGCCGCUGCAUGGUUUCUGUUCUCAUCCUGAAGCAAGUUUCUUAAUCUGAAGCACUAUUUCUGGGUUAGUGGAGUCUGUAACCUGAAGCGUCUGUAACCUGAAGCGUCUGUAACCUGAAGUGUCUGUAACCCGAGGUACCACUGUAUUAAGGAAUCAGCGAACCAAAAUUUCUAAGGCAGUGGAAUCAAAGCCCAUGUGUGGGUUUUUUUGCAGGGGAGGGGGGUCCAAAGGGGCAUUUUGCCCCACAGGAUCUGAAUCCUGCAUUCGGUCAGGCAGAGAGGUUGAUGCAGAUCGUCCCCCUUGUGUCUCUUCUCACUCACAUAACUGUCGGGUUGGAAGGGGCCCCCAAAGGCCAUCUAUUCCAACCCCCUGCAACACAGGGAUCACAGUGACAUCGUUUGACAGUUCUGUGACACGUAACCCAAUUUGGAGUGGCGGUGGGGGGUUGUUGUUGCUCCUGCCCUCACAGCCCCUCUCCUCCCCCCCCCCAGACCACCACCCUGAUUGGGCUGCUGAAGACGGCGCGGCUGCUGCGCCUGGUGCGAGUGGCGCGCAAGCUGGACCGCUACUCGGAGUACGGGGCGGCCGUCCUCUUCCUGCUGAUGUGCACCUUUGCCCUGAUUGCGCACUGGCUGGCCUGCAUCUGGUACGCCAUUGGCAACAUGGAGGACAAGACCAUCGGCUGGCUCCACUCGCUGGGCAGCCAGAUCGGCAAGCCCUACAACGAGAGCACCCCCCACAAGGGGCCCACCAUCAAGGACAAGUACAUCACCGCCCUCUACUUCACCUUCAGCAGCCUCACCAGCGUGGGCUUCGGGAACGUCUCCCCCAACACCAACCCCGAGAAGAUCUUCUCCAUCUGCGUCAUGCUCAUCGGAUGUGAGUGUGGGGCGCCAGGGCCGUGGGGCAGGGCGGGGGCAGGCGAUGGAGGCCAGGCGCAGUUUGGCUCGGCCAUUCUCCACCCCCCAAACACACUCAGGGCGUCCCGUCCCCCCACUCUGCCGCUAGAUGGGCUCCCCGGCAGAGGACGCCCAGUCAUUGGGAUUGUCAAGUGGCAGAGAGUUCCAGAGGUUCCCUGCCAUUCUGGGCCAGAAAGCACCUCUGCAAGCAGCCUCUGCUCAGACACACAAGGCUGGUGGACUGAGAGAAGCUCUUUGAGGGAGGAGAUUGAAAUUAUUAUUAUUAUUAAUUUGACUUCUACACCACCCUAUACCUGGAGGUCUCAGGGCGGGUCACAACAAGACCACAACAUAUAAAAUCAACUCAAGAGCAAUAACCCAAUAACACCCCCCCCCAAAAGCCACAUUUUAAAAGGGUAUGGGAUGUCAAUAAGAUCAACCAAAGGCCGGGUUAAAAAGGACGGCUUUUGCCUGGCGCCUAAAGGUGUGUAAUGAAGGCGCCAGGCGAACUUCCCUGGGGAUAGCAUUCCGCAGACAGGGAGCCACUGCAGAGAAGGCCCCGUUCUUGUGUUGCCACCCUCCGGACCUGGUCCUUGAGGUAUUGAGGGAGGGGCAGAUGAUGUUUCAGGAGAGGCUGAAGGCCUUGCUGGGCAGAUAUUUCCACCUUGCAUGUGGGAAGAGUUGGGGUGGAGACAGACCCUCACGCAGCGCCCCCUCUUCUCCGCAGCCCUGAUGUACGCCAGCAUCUUUGGGAACGUGUCGGCCAUCAUCCAGCGCCUCUACUCGGGAACGGCCCGCUACCACACCCAGAUGCUCCGGGUGCGAGAGUUCAUCCGCUUCCACCAGAUCCCCAACCCGCUUCGCCAGCGCCUGGAGGAGUACUUCCAGCACGCCUGGUCCUACACCAACGGCAUCGACAUGAACGCGGUGAGUGGGCCGGGCCUCUCCAUGCGCAACGCCAGCUGGGGGCGGGGAGAGCAUUGGGAUCAUGAGAGCAGCCAAGUUUCCUUGCUCCCUACGACCUGCGAGAUCACCUUGCCCCACAUGCGCCCCCUUGACGCUUCGAUCAGUGGAGUGGGCACGGCUGUGAGUGCCACAAAACACCCGUUUUCCGCAUUUGUAUGCUUUCAGUUGUUUAGUGUGGCAGCACCUGCCCUUGGGAACUCCCUGCCUCUUGACCCCAAGCAGGCGCCUUCCCUGUGUUCUUUUUGGCACUUGCUAAAAACAUUCUUGCUUCAACAAACCUGUAGGGACGCUUAGAAAGGUGGUGAGAGUUUUAACCUGUCUUAGUAUUUUAACUUUUUGUAUGUUUUAAACUAUGGUUGUCUGCUUUCUUGAUUUUAUUAUCUUUUUUUGCAAACCACCUUGUGGGGUUUUUUAUUUUAUUUUUACAAUCAAGAGGUAUAUCAAUUUUACUAAAUAAGUAAAACAGUAAAUAUUUGGGGCGAGCACUUAUUUAUUUCUAAAAAUGUUUGUACACCUCUGUGUCACUGAAAUUAUAUCAAAGUGGUUUGCAAUGAAUUUUUUUUUUUAAACUAUAUACAAUAAAAAGUUAUGAGCAGGCAUUGGUCAGCUGCUGGGGAAGAAUGCCUUCUUAACUGCCUGCAUACGUCUGGCAGAAUAGAAAAAGUUUCAGCAGGAGUUUAUAAAUUGGCACAGAAGGCGCCUGCUGGAUCUCCAGUGGCAGGGAGUCCCACAGGACUGAAGGCUCCAUUUCAAAUGAGCCUCACCGACUUGGGGAAUGCCCAGCAAUGCUCCUGUGGAUGAUCUCAGUGAUAUUAGAAGGGUCCAGGCAGUUCUUGAGGUUCCCUGGACCCAAGUUGGAACAGAACAGCGGAUGUUUGGCCUGGCUGGGCCGGGCCUGGACAUAUGCGUGUUUGUCUUUUGCCUGGUACAGAGGUCCAAUAGGCCCCAUUUUUUUUGCCUCUAGCCCCACCCACCACCGUCACACAGCUCCCAGAAUGCUUCCCACGAUCAAAUGCGGACCUCAGCUGGCAAAGGUCCCUCCCUCUCCAACACCGUCCUGGAGCCCAGGGUUGUUUUUGCGGAGAGGCUCCUUCCUCUGCUGAUUCGAACCCGCCUCUCUCUCCCCCUGCAGGUGCUGAAAGGAUUCCCCGAGUGCCUGCAGGCGGACAUCUGCCUGCACCUGAACCGCAGCCUCCUGCAGAACUGCCGCCCUUUCAAGGGAGCCACCAAGGGGUGCCUGCGGGCGCUGGCCAUGAAGUUCAAGACCACCCACGCCCCCCCGGGAGACACGCUGGUCCACGCCGGAGACGUCCUCACCGCCCUCUACUUCAUCUCCCGAGGCUCCAUUGAGAUCCUGCGGGGGGACGUGGUCGUGGCCAUCCUAGGUGAGGGGGCGCGGAGGGGGUCCUAUGGCAGAUAUUAAUGUCACACAGCAAUCGGAUGAAGGAAAACCGACUCCGCUUAGGCGAAAAUAUGCUCCCAAAGCUUUGCUUAUGGAACUUUCUUCAAACAGACACAGAAACAAAGGGUGCUACAAGCUACAUGCUUCUCCAGGCAUAGGCUCAACUUACAAAUAUAAAACUACUUCAAACACACCAGGAAUUGCAGGUCUGUCUCACCCCUGGAGCUGCUUUCUCUUCAGGCGGGGGUGGGGGUUGGACUAGAUGACCCUUGGGGUCCCUUCCAACUCUACAAUUCUAUUCAAGACUCAUUUGCUUGCCUUUCUUCUAUGGUGGCUUGAGAACAAAGACAACUCCCUCAAAAUGGAGAUUUGUAACUGAAUAACCCUCCCAGGUGAUCUGAGGUUAAACACCUCCUGCAAGAGCUAGCAGAGGUACAUCAGCAAUUGAUUAUCAACUUGUUAGGCACCAUGCAAGCUCCAAUGGAAAUUUCCAUGUUCCCUUCAGCAAUACACAUACAGAGCUAUUUUCCAUUUCAAUGUUCAAUUAAACAGUUAUACUUAACAUGACAGGAGAGAUUGGAAGGCUCAAGGAGCAGAAGACCCACUGAAUUUUGCUGCGUUUUAUCUGGCUUAUCUUGAGUCAGAAUGCCCCCACCUCAUGUUUCCAGCAGGAUUUUUCAGGCCCUCAUUAAGUCAGAACGUGAGGGGCUCAUAGAAUCAGAGGGGAGGAAGGGACCCCCAAGGAUCAUCUGGUCCAGCCCCUGCAAUGCAGGAAUGAGAGCCAAGGAACCCCUGGCCUCCAGCUUGAAACCUCCAAGGAAGAAGAGUGAAGCAUCUUCUGAGGUCGCCUGUUCCACGGUCAAACGACUCUCCCCAUCUGAAAGAUCUUUCCCAUGAAGAAUUCUUUACAAUUUUGUGAUUUGGCAAUUCUUUGGAUCUCCAGGCAGGGCUCAAAGAAAAGGCAGUCUCUGAAUCCCUGGAGAGCCAUGGCUGCCGGUCAGUGAAGACCACACUGAGCGAAACAGACCAGCAGCUUCUGACUCCCCGGUGAUGAUGAUGAUGGUGGUGAUGAGGAUGAUUUUAUUAUUUUAUUUUUAUUAUUUAUACCUCUCCCAUCUGGCUGGGUUUCCCCAGCCACUCUGGGCAGCUCCCAACAGAAUUAAUGAUGAUGAUGAUAAUAAUAAUAAUAAUAAUAAUAAUAAUAAUAAUAAGCGAGAAAACAUUGGACAUUAAAAACGUCCCUAAACAGGGUUGCCUUCAGAUGUCUUCUAAAAGUCAGAUACAGUGGACGCUCGGGUCGCGAUUCAGCGCUUCUGCACACGCGCAACCACCAAAACCCGGAAGUAACCUGUUCUGGUACUUCCGGGUUCAGUGCGGUGUGCAACCUGAAAUCAUGCAACCCAAAGCGUCUUUACCCUGAGGUAUGACUGUAGUUGUUUAUUUCCUUGGCAUCUGAUGAGAGGGCGUUGCACAGGGCGGGCGCCACCACUGAGAAGGCCCUCUGCCUGAAGAAAGGUUGCAAUGAUAGAAGUUUAAGGAAGGAUGCCUGGCGUGGGGAAGGCGGACAGAGAGACUGUUUUCUCCCCCUCUUGUAACACUCAAACUCCUGGGCAUCCAAGGAAGAUGAAAGCUGGAAUAUUCAGGACAGAUCCUGCAGCCUCUUCUGAUGCUCUUCUGCAAGGGGACGGGCACCUGAGCAGAGCUUGCUUCCGUGAGAAGCCUUGGCAGAAGACUCUCCUGGCGGGUCUCUCUGCCCGGUUUCCUCCAGAGGAAACCAGGCCUCCCGGUGACCUCUCCUUCCUCUGGCUCCUGCUUCCAAGGUGGCCAGAGCCCAGGAGGAAGAAGCCGCCCUCAAAUAAAUCGGGCCUCCUGUUCGCCCUGCAGAGACGAAAUCCGGCUUAAUGAGUCUCUGCUGUUCCUUCUGAGACGCAGCUGCCUCACCUGGGACCGAAGCAGAGCAUCCCAGGAUAUUUAUAGGCAGCUCUUCUCAGCUCCCUGAACCCGCCUUGCUCAAAGCUGCCCAUUUCUCCCCACCUCGUUCCUGCCCCCCUGCGACCUUCCUGAGACUCAGCAGCACCCAGAACUGCCUGCCGCCCUCAGCAUCUAGGCUGCUACGAAUAGGUUUGCUGGCAAGGAGGGAGGUCCCUGCUGCCUGGUGGAGAUCGCCAGACACACGCCCCACUCCUCAGUCUGCUGUCACUUUGCAGAGGGUUGGACUGGAUGACCCCUGGGGUCCCUUCCAACUGUACAAUCCUAGGAUUUCGUGACUUGCUGGGCCAACUCCCCGACCCCAAACAGCUCCUUUCCUGCACGAGCCGUGUGGUCGCCAGGGCACAGGAAGGUUGGGACUGUGGCCCCAGCCAGUAACAGCAGCAAGAAAGCUUGCCAGGAGCAGUGACGGGCAGAGAAGGAGCCCAAACACAGCUGCCCCAGAACUGUAGAAUUGGAAGGGACCCCCAGGGGGUUCUCCAGACCAACUCCCUCCAAUGCUCAGUGACCCUCAGGGUCCCUUCCAGCCCCACAAGAAGCCUCUGCAAUGCUGGAAUCCCAAGCAAAGCUACCACAACUAAUGACCAUCCGAUCAUAAUGACCUCCAACGGAUCAUAAAAUUAUAGGAGGGGACCCUCAGGGGUCAUCUAUCCCAACCCCCUGCAAUGCAGGAAUCUCAGCUCAAGCACCUCUGGGAGAGGGACAUCCAACCUCUGCUCCAAAGCCUCCAACUAAGGAGAGGAACGUUUUCGCCUGGAGCCUGAAGAUUUAUAAUGAAGGCACCAGGCAAGCCUCCCUGGGGAGAGCAUUCCACAAAGAGGGAGCCACUGCAGAGAAGGCCCUGUUCUUGUGUUGCCACCCUGCGGACUUCACAAGGAGGAGACACAUGAAGAAGGGCCACAGAAUGUGAUCUCAGGGUCUGGGUAGGUUAAUAUGGGAAGAGGCGGUCCUUGAGGUAUUGCGGUCCUGAGCCAUUUAAGGCUUUAUACGGAGGGUCAGCAAGGUAUAUCUUGCCUGGGCCGGAUCAUUCCCACAGAGAUCCCGAGGCACAAUUUUUGGCGUCUGCGCAGACACAAUUGUCAGCGCCGCGGAAGCGAGUCGCCGCGCUGUGCUGGUUUAGCACAGCACGCAAGUGGGCAGCUCAGUUUGGGGACAGCUUGUGGGCCGGUCAAACGACCUCCGUGGGCCGCUUCUGGCCCAUAGGCCUUAGGUUGCUGACCCCUGGCUUUAUUUUUAUUUUUUCUGACCCCUGGCUUUAUAGGUCAAAACCAGCACUUUGAAUUGGGCCCAAAAACUAAUCGGUAGCCAGUGCAGUUGGACCAGGAUCGGUGUAAGAUGCUCAGACCGUCUUGCUCCGGUGAGCAACCUGGCCGCUGAAUUCUGCACCAGCUGAAGUUUCCGAACCGUCUUCAGAGGCAGCCCUACGUAGAACACAAUCUAACCUUGAGGAUACCAGAGCAUAGACAACAGUGGUUAGGCUCUCCCUGUCCAUAUAGGGGCCUAGCUGGGCCACCAGCUGAAGAUGAUGGAAGGCACUCUGGGCCACUGAGGAGCCACUGAAGCUGAGCCUGGGAUCGUGGCCACAGAGGGAGAAGUGGGUGGAGGAGGGGCAGAGGGGGUUUUCUGGAGGAACAGCAGAGCCAGCUCUGGGUGUGAGAGGAUGACGAGGAGGGCAGUCUCCUGUGUGGCCUUCUAUGCGCCUCUCCCGGCUGCGCAAGGGCUCAGUCCCCCCCCCCUUCUCUUCCUCCCUCCCAGGGAAGAACGACAUCUUUGGGGAGCCCCUCAACCUGUACGCCCGGCCCGGCAAGUCCAACGCAGACGUGCGCGCCCUGACCUACUGCGACCUGCACAAGAUUCACCGCGAGGACCUCCUGGAGGUGCUGGACAUGUACCCCGAGUUCUCUGACCACUUCUGGUCCAACCUAGAGAUCACCUUCAACCUGCGCGAUGUGAGUUGUCGUCUCUGGGAGACCCGAGGGGGGUGGGCUUCUGUGGCCGGCCAGCUCAGGGCCAGAAAGGUGGGGGUCCUGGGAGACACACACCCCCCCCGGUACGCUUCUCACGGCCACCCCUUCUCUUCCAGACCAACAUGAUUCCGGGGUCGCCCAGCAGCGACGAGAUGAACGGCGGCUUCAACCGCCUGCGGCGCCGCAAGCUCUCCUUCCGCCGCCGCACCGAGAAAGGUAAGUAGGUGGGGGUUGGAUUGGAUGACCUCAAGGGGUCUCCCAACACCCGCUGUGCUCCCUUUCCCAUGGGUGCUCCUGUAACGGCUACUUCUGGGUCUCUCAGCUGGGAGGAGCUUUCUCCCCCUCCUCAUUUAAACCCCACAACGACCCUGCGAGGCUGAGAGGAGGCUGUGACUGGCCCCCAGGUAGGUGGAUCUGAACCCUGGCCUUCCCCAGGUCCUGGUGCCUAACGCUCUAACCACUGCACUGCACUGCCACUCACUGGAUCUGGCCGGCCAAUAUCCUUUUCUCCUUCUCCGCACAGAUGAGGAGAUUCCGGGGGAAGGCAAAGGCCAGCCCAAAGUGCUGGACGUCGGCCAGAACUGCCAAGCUCCGGGGGCUCCCCGCGGACCCCCCAAAUGGGACCCCUGCCUCAGCAGCUCCGUGGCGUCCAGCCCGCCCUCCAGUGACGAGGAGGAGACCCCCGUCCCCGUCUCCAGCGCCCCAGAGCUGUCGCCUUUCCACCCCACGGACCUUGCCGGCCAGCCCCCCUCCCCUGCAGCCGCGGACCCCAAACGCAGCGACGUCUGCAACCCACUCUCAGGUAGGACAGGAUCAGAGCCGGAGCCGCGUGAUCUUGCGCCCCUGGCAGAACGGUCCAGAUUGCGCCCCCUCCUCCAACCCCCCCAUUCAAUUCACCCUCUUUUAAAAACCUUUUCUUAUGAGGCAAUAAUCAAUAUUUAUAUUUAUGGACAUAUUUUUAGCUGAUUUUGCACACACACACACCCCAUCGCCUGCAACCCUGGCGGGGGCCCACCUCACCACCCCCAUCUACAGCCCUGGACAGGAUGAAGCCAGGGGGGCAGGGGAAGUCCUGUUGCCACAACCCCCAAAUUAGCAGCCUAGAGGUUGUGAUUCCCACCUGCCUUCUCCUGGUCUGAGAUGAUCAAAGCAGCUGGCUUGUUUCCCUGGCAGAGCCCCUCCCCCCCCAACUUCCUAAUCCCAGGAACUCGUGAGACCAAUGCAGCCCACAUUUCCCAGGCAGUUUCCGUAUGAGUUACUCUGAGUGUAAAGAGAUGCUCCCUGAAUCUCUCCCAGAUCCCUGAGGAGGGUGCUGGUCUCUCACAGCUCUGGUCCUAAAUUCCCAGUAGCAUUGAUACAGGUAUCCUAAAACCCUGAGGCUGGCAAUCCCACACACCUCAUGGAUUUUAUUCAGUAGGAGAGGAGAUUCAAAGUACCGUAUUUUUCGCUCCAUAAGACGCACCUAGUUUUUAGAGGAGGAAAAGAAGGAAAAAAAUAUUCUGAAAGAAACAAUGGAUGUAUGAUUUUUGUGGUUCAUGCUGUGGCCACAGACCUGUGAUCUGAUGGUGAAUUUGGGGUGACCCAAUGCAAAAAUCCUGAGGGUCCAUGUGGAUCCAUGCUUUGUAACCACAUUUUUGCGCCAUUGCGGCCCCACGCAACAGUGGGUGUGUGAUUUUCUUGGUGCAGGCUUUAGCCAUGGACAUGUUAUGUGAUCUGAUGGUGAAUUUGGGGUGAAAUUGGGGUGACCCAAUGUAAAAAUCCUUAGGAUCCAUGGGCUUUUACCUCCCCACUCCUAGGGUCCCUUAUCUCUCUUCUGAUCCCACCAAUCAGCUGUUUCCUUUCAACACUCCCUUCCCUCUUGUUUGCCUUAGUGUCUUUUCCUUAGCUGGAGAAGUUUUUUGCUCCUCCUUUUCUUCUAAUUUCUCUCCUUAUUGCUUUAGUCUUCCUGUCUCCUCUCUUUGCAAGUUUGCUGUCCUUACCUCCCCCCUCCCAGGCAGCCUCCUUUAUCUCUAGCAUCCCUUAUCUCUCUCCUGAUCAGCGGCUUUGUUUCAACACCCCCUUCCCUCUUUCAAAAAAAAAAAAAAAAGCAUGAUCUGCUUUUUGCCCCUGGGCAAUUCGGCUCCAGGGACCACACAUUCACUCCAUAAGAUGCACAGACAUUUCCCCUUACUUUUUAGGGGAAAAAAGUGCAUCUUAUGGAGUGAAAAAUACGGUAUUGGUUUUGCAGAGCUAAAAAUAUACCACCCUUCACAGCAUUUAAACUAGAAGUAAGGAACUAAGGCUGUGUAAUCUUAGCCAGAGCUAGACAUAGACAUAAAUAAGGCAUGAAAAAUAUAAUGUUUACUUACCUGAAAGUCUUGCACAGGAUUCAGCAGAGAGCAAUAAGUUAUUAAAAAUACAUGGUUGAGAUAAAAGAUGGUGCCUGUGCUUGGGAGAUCAGACUUUGCAUCUGAUCCCAGGCUACAUGACGACAAAUAGAGUGUUCUUCAGGCGGAAGUACAAAAGGUUAAGAGCCCUUGUCUUUUCCCUGCCUGUGCAAACAAAGGAUGUCACUUCACAGAACGCCCUCUAGGAAUUAAAGGACUCUCAUGUGCCUGUUUAGCAAACAUAAUUGUCAAUUAUUUUUCCAGUAUAAACCCAAUUACACAAAUUAGUUCCAAAUUAAUACACAAUUAAUGCACAAGCGCCGAAAACCGGAAGUAACCAGUUCCGGUACUUCCGGGUUCCGUGCGGUGUGCAACCUGAAAUCACACAACCCGAAGCGUCUGUAACCUGAGGUAUGACUGUACAGAGGAAAAGCCGGAAGAAGGUUAAAGCAGAACACAAAAUAAUACCAGAGCACCGCAACUCUCAAACCAAACUGUAAAAUUUCUGGCUGGAGAUGUUAGUUGCCAAACCUGACGACUAGACAUCUCCACUUCCUUGCAAACAGCCGGUUGCCUGGCGCCAAAUGCGCCCGGCGCCCGGCUAGUUUUGAAUGCUGUUGGUGGCCCCCUGCCAGGGAUUCUUCCGAUGACUCUUUGGGAUCCUUCCAGCCCCCCCACUCUCUGGCUUCUCUCCCUCCUCCUCUCCGCAGGGGCCUUUUCAGGCGUGUCCAAUAUCUUCAGCUUCUGGGGAGAGAGCCGUGGGCACCAGUACCAAGAGCUGCCCCGCUGCCCCGCCCCUGCCCACACCGCCCUCAACAUCCCGCUGGGCAGCAGCGUCCCCCUCGGCCGGAGGCAGCGCUGCGAGCUGGAGGCUCGCCUGGACCUGCUCCAGAAGCAGCUCAACAGGUAUUGGAGGGGGGGCAGGGGGAGCACCCAUCAGGGCUCCCUCGGGGGAGGGGCAGAGGUUUUCCCCUGCCACUCUGGGCAGCUCCCAACAGAUUAAAAACAGAAGAAAACAUCAAACAUUAAAAGCUUCCCUAACAAGGCUGCCUUCAGAUGUCUUCUAAAAGUCAUAUAGUCGUUAAUCUCCUUGACAUCUGGUGGGAGGGAGUUCCACAGGGAGGGCGCCACCACCAAGAAGGCCCUCUGCCUGGUUCCCUGUAACCUCACAUCUCGCAGGGAGGAAACCGCCAGGAGGCCUUCAGAGCUGGACCUCAGUGUCCGGGCUGAACAAUGGGAAUGGAGACGCUCCUUCAGGUCUACUGGGCUGAGGCCAUUUAGGGCUUUCAAGUUCAGCACCAACACUUUGAAUUGUGCUCAGAAACUUCUUGGGAGCCAAUGUAGGUCUUUCAGGACCGGUGUUAUGUGGCGUCCGCAACCGCUUCCAGUCACCAGAACCUGGUGUGCCUUAAAAAUAGAAGAGCAAAGAGCUUGAAGACGGGGGGCACGUAGCAGCACCCAUAAAGGAGGUGAUGAUGAUGAUGAAUGAGGAAGUGGGAGAGAUUGGGGAGAUGGAGAUCCAAGAGGCUGGGUUCUAUAGCCUCUCUCUGUAAAGUUUGAAAUAAAAAAGGACAGUAAGAAACUUUUCCUUGUCUUUAUACUUUCCUGGGCAACCAGCUGGGAGCCGCUGACAGCUGUGGUUCCAGCCCUGCAAAGGGGUUAGACUAGAUGUCCCUUGGGGGUCCCUUCCAACUCUACAGUUCUGUGUUUCUCUUCUCCCUCCAGGCUGGAGAGCCGCCUCACCGCGGACGUGUCGGCCAUCCUGCAGCUUCUCCAGCGCCAGGCUCUGCUGGUGCCUCCUGCCUACAGCGCUGUCUCCUCUCCGCUGCCUCCAGUGGCCCCGGGCCCUGGGCCGGCCCCAGGGGAGCCCCCCCUGCCCAUCAGCCCCACCCGGCCUCAGGCGCUCCACACCCCAGCUCAGGUGAGGGGAGGGAGGCAGCCAGGCAGGCAAAAGACUGGUAUUUGCAGCCUGACCAGCUCCAGGGAUUUGGGCAAGGCUGGAGCAAGCAGAGACAUGUCUGCCUCCAACGCUGGUCAGAGAGGAGGGGAAAUGAUGUCACGCAAAGCCCUCUCUACCAGUUGCCUUUCUAUGGUCUCAGGCUCUGCCUAAGCCAUACAGCUCAAAUGACUUAGGACUCAGCUAGUCAAAAAACAGUGUUUUUAAUGCGUUAUACAUGCAACACCAGAUGGCGCUGUAGAGCACAAAACCUUUCUAUGCAAUUUCACAUAGCGUUUUUUUUUCCUUUUGUUAUAACUGUAGCCUUAUUAGACUUUACCGAUUGGUGGGCUCUGCAUUGCUCCUGGACGGGAGGAAGGAAGUCAAAUGACACCGAGGGUUGCUUCAGAGAAAGAGUUCUUUAUUCCUGCUCUCCGGAGCAGCAGAAAGGCACUUGCGUGGUCAGUCCACAGCAAGUCCAAAGAAAUGAGAGAUUUCAUGCAGUAUAUAUAUCCUCCAGGCACCCUCUCCCCCUUCCCCAGGAAUCCAGCCACAUCAGCUUAUACACGCAGGUUGACAUCACAGAUGUUCCUGCUCCGGUACUUUUAACCAUAAAAGGGUGUUCCUUCCUGUACUCUUGACCAUAUAAGGGUAUUUCUGUUCCUAUGCUCUUAUCUUGGAGCAAGAGGUCACCAACUCCAAGAACACACUCUGGCGCUGUUCCUGGACUAGGUCUGUGCGUCAGAGUGUGGUAAGGUAAGACUCAGACAUGUCAUCCCUAUUCCAGUGGAACAGCCAAGGUCACCCUUUGCCGUGACUGAUAAAGGAGAGAGCUUUGUUUAUACAGCUGUCUUCUUGUUAUGCAUUUGCUCAACAGCUCGAGUUAAUGCAUUUUAUAAAUGUUCUUUUGAGAAAGAAGAAAAAGGGGGGUUUUGAGUCAGUUUCAAACUAACUGCGCUGCAACCCAUUCCUUCAUAACAAUUAGUUAUUUAUAGCGGGGUUUUCCUGUGUGUAGAUCCAGCCGUAGCCGCUUCUCGUGGGAACUAGCAAGAAGAUGCAUUACUUAGGUUAGGCUUCUAAUCUCCCACAGGGGAACAAGAUGCUGGACUAGGCGGGAUCCUGGUCGGAUCCAGCAGGCUCUCCUGACGUUCUGAAGUGGAUUCCCCAGGAAUUUGCAGUGCAGCUGUUGGCUCCAAAAAGACACCAAAAUAUGUUGGGGGGGGAUUUUAGGAUAAACUAUGGUUAGAAAAAAGUGAAUGGAGAUAAAAAUUGAAUUAAGUGCAGGAUGAUCACAUCUUACGUGGGACUUUGGUUCCAGGGGUCUUGUGUAUGUGCCCCCAACCCCUUGGAGCCCCCCUGACAGCUAUUGGGGGAGGGGGAGAUAGGAUCCUACCCCCAGGGGUCCCUCCUCCUCCUCCUCUUCCUCCUGGACUGACUCUGUCUCCUCUUUUUCUCUCCCCCCCCCCUUCAGGUUUCCCAUUUCCCGGGACCCUGCGUGGACUCAGCCCAGCCCCGGGACGUGGUGCUGCUGGUGGACCCGCUGCCCCCCGCCCCCCCUCGGCGCCUUUCGCUCCCAGGGCAGCUGCCCGCCCCCCCUCGGCCACCGGCCCCUCCGGACCUCUCCGCGGACUUGCACAGACACUGCUCGGACCCCGGCAGUUAA